CUCCAGAACCGGUUCCCUUCGCCUCGUCACGUGCCCCCCUGGGAAAAAGCGGCGGGAGGCGGAGCUUCCGCGCCCUCGCCCCGCCCACACGCUUCCCUCAAGCCCUGCAGAUUCCACCCUUCCUCCUCCUCCUCGCGCGAGAAGUGGGGGCCCAAGUCUCGCGAGGCUCCGGCGCUGCGGUAGAAGGAGCUGCUCGGCUGCGCUGAGGCGAAAAGGGAGGGAAAAAGGCGGGCGAAGGCGACGGGAAGGACGGCGGAGAAGGAACCUCGCCCGGCGGCGGCGGCGGCGGAGACCGAGCGAGCGGCUGCUGCUGCCUGAGCGCCCCCUCCCCCCACCCCCGCUCUCGCGCUCCUUCAUUCCUCCUCCUCCUCCUCUCAUUCUCUCUCUUUCUUCCCUCCCGCCCUUCCUUGCCCUCCUUCUCCUCAGCCGGCUUGCGGAUCGGGAUGCUGCUGCGGGGCUCCGGGCCGCUCCCCGCGGCUCUCUCCCUCCUCCUGGCCGCGGCGGGGAGCCUCUUUCCGACGCCGGCCGGCGCGCAGAACGGUGAGAGAGGGCGGCCGGGGCCUGUGAGGGGAGGGCGGGGGGGGGGGCGGCGGGAAGCGAACCCGAGAGCGAAACCCGCCUGAGGCGGUGAUUGACAGGUGGGGGGAGGGGGCGCCUCGGUGCCGCGGCGGGGGAUGCCGCAAGGGGUGGGAGGUUGUCGCGCGGUGGGCGGGGCGUUUCAGGUGUGUGGGGGGAGGAGCCUAGGGAGGGGGAGGGGAGGAGCACCUCCCUGCGGGAGCUGGGUUCAAAUGCUGGCUCAGCCCAGUAGAUUAACUUGGCAGUGACCUUGGGCCGGGCGGCCUCCCAUUCAUCACUCAUUCUGGUGGUUAGCUUGGAGGGGGGGACGGGAGGGCCGGCAAGCCUGGGUAGGGGGUAGACUGGGCAGUGGGGUGGGUGUGGAAGAGAAGGAGGGGGGUGAGCCUGAGAUGACCAAAGGGACGUGGUUUCAAAUUCUGCUGCAGGAAGGGACCCCCACCAGGUGACCUUGGAUCAGACAAGCUCUAUUGUUAUGUUAUAUUAAUGCUGUUUACAAUGGAUUAUUAUUAUUAUUAUUAUUAUUAUUAUUUAAAAAUACCGACUGCUAACUGUUGGGGGGGAUACAUUAUGGAAGGUGACAUACAAAUGCUUUAAAUUAAAUAUAUGUAUAUAAAGAGCAGUUUUGUUCUAUCUUGCAGAGUUCUUUGUAAGAAUAAUAAGGUAAUUGCCUGAAGUGCAUUAAGCGUGUUCAAGGACUGCUGAUAAUCAGUGUGGCAGAGUGGUUUGAAUGUUGGCCUGUGACUACGCAGACCCUAGUUCAAAUUUCCACCUUGCCGUAUAGCUUCCUGACUGACCUUUAGCUGGACUGUGUCUCUCAUCUGCAAUAUAAGGAUAAUAACUUAGAGGGCUGAUGUGAGGAUUAAAGGGGGGAGGCAGGGCAGUGUGUCCUGACCUAAGUUCAUUGGAGCAGAGGGAAGGGGAAGAAUAAAAAUGAUAUAAAUGAAAAUGGCAGCUGAGAGAAUAUGAAUUGUAGAAAGCUGUGAAGAGGGAAGCCUUGGGGUGGGUCAGGGAAGAGAGUGGAAGAAGAAAACCAAGGAUCCAAAACACGUAGUCAUGAGCCACUCCAGAUGGCCAAUGAAACUUGCUGUUUCACAGUCUGGUGAACAUGAUAAGGUAGGGAUUGAGGGAACUUGCAAUAGGUUUUUGGCAGAGUAUGUCAAUACAUGCUUAAUGAGUGAGCACUUCAUGACUCUCAUACAGCCUUUUGUUUUCUCUCAUCAUGAGCUUUUCUUUUUGAUAAUUUGUCAUAGUACCUAACGUAUCAAGUUAGAAACAGAGGGCUGUUAAAAUCCUUAGAUAGAUCUAAUUCUAAACCAAAAGGAGUCUGUAGGUGCAAGCUUUAGGUAGCCAUUCCUUCCUCCCUUUCAUAGCCUCUUGGGGUGUGCCACUUUGAACAGUGUGUGUGGUUCUCCUGGUACAUCUCUAUCCACCUACUGCAUCUUUGGUUUUCUUUAAAUGAUUUAUAAUGCAAUUGCUUUUUAGUUUCUUAGCAACUGAAGCGUUCUCUUGAUAGGUCUGUGAUGGAAACCCUGGAUUUUUUUCUUUCUAAAGAGUGCUGUAAGAAAUCUAGCAUUGUAUAUGUCUCCUCCUUGACAUUGAUUUGCACCAAGUGCAUAAUGAUUAUUAGUGAAGCCAAUAGAGCACAGGUUGAUUAAAGGCAAGUUUAGCAUACCUGAGAAGGCUGAGCGUGAACAUGUAUUUAGACAUAAAAUCCAGUAUCCUCUUUGCUCAGUAGGUGUGUACUUGUGGGGCAGUAUUACAUGAUAAAAACAGAUGUAAGUUAAAUGGCAUUGUAAACUGUUUUAUUGGUGUAGAAGCAUAGUUUUUUUCCCUAGCUUGAAAAAUAUAUUUGAGUGGACAGUAUCUUCUAAUGUUGCACAAUGGCUUUUUGGGUAGCCUUUUAAAGAAGUCAAAUGACCCUGUGUAUAAAUAUUUUUUGUCUUGCUAUGUACAGCAGUUCGGUUACUGUGUUUCUCCUGUAAUUUGGGCUCUUGGGUUUUAGCUUAGGUGAGUACUUAAUUUCUGAACCUUGACUCAGACAAUCUUGUUGAGAAAAAAAUGGCUAGCAAAAGGAAGUACCGUAUUUUUCGCCCUAUAGGACGCACCUAGGUUUUUUUGGGGGGGGGGGGAAUAAAGAAAAAAAAUCAUUCCCCCCCCAGGCACGGGGGAAGCCCGAGCUUCCCCAGCCCCCAGAAGAGCCUGCUAUCCGCAAGCCUAGGGAGCCGCGCCGGUCUACCCAGGCUUGCGGACAGCUGUGCGAAGCCCGGGCGCGCUGAGGCUUCCUAAUGCAGGCAGCUCUGCACAACCCUCCGGAGGCCGGCGCGGCUUGGCGCCGGGCUCCGGAGGGUCAUGCAAAGCUGCGCGGACCCCGGGAGGGCAGGCAACUCUGCGCGACCCUCCGGAGCCCGGCUCCGGAGGGUUGCGUAGAGCUUCCUGAAGCCUGGAGAGCGAGAGCCUCUCGCUCUCCAGGCUUCAGCGAAAGCCUGUAUUCGCCCCAUAGGACGCACCCACAUUUCCCCUUCAUUUUUGGAGGGGAAAAAGUGCAUCCUAUAGGGCGAAAAAUACGGUAAGAAUGGAAGAGAAGCAAUGCCUGAAAAUCUGGACUACGUUAGUGCAACCCCUUUUAAGGUAGAAGAGAAUUGUAGGGUUGGAGACAUGGAUUUGGAAAUAAGUGUAGAAAUGUCUCAGAAAAUUAGUGGGAACUCGUUCCUUAUAUAACUUCACAGUUGUGUAAUUUGGCUAUAUUCUACUUCUGUCAGACAUGCCUGACAAUAAAGAUCUGGAGAUUUUUAUGCUAGCUGUUGUCUGAAGUGUUCAUCUUUUAUGCUGUCUCUUUUGUUUAGGUGAAAUGAGGUGAACAGUCUCUUCACAUUUGAGUUAAAUGAUGAACGUGUCUGUAGGCUUUGAAUAAAGUGAUGGCAUUUGACUUUGUUAGGAUAAAAUAGACUCGACCUCUGCAAACAUUCGCUUUGUUAUAGUGAGCAGAUGUCUGCAGGAGAGGCAAUAUAUUACUUCAUGGAAGGGGAAUCAGGCUGAAGAAGCCCUGUGCCUGCAUUCAAAUGGCUGUAGCUGGACUUGAAAACCCCCUGUUGGCAUGCACAGUUCAUAAACCACAAGUUUUGUAUUUUUUGUGCUUGGAAGAGAAGAGAAGGGUUUCAAAUUCUUUAUUGCAGUGAUUAGGAUGGUUAUUAAAAGUAAGAACACACUCAGUUCCAAGAGUGGCUGUUCUGAAAGUUAACUUUCAGUCUUCAAAAAACAUCCAACUGCUGAAUAAGUCCUUGCCUUAAUUAAUAUAAAGCUGCCUGCCAUUGUGAGCCUCUUAGUACUGCAUACAUUGGCACCUGUGAUGUGUAGAUUGAAUGAAUGUGGGGUGCCCUCCCCUUUCAUUUUAUUUAAAGCAGGCUUCCUCAACCUCGACCCUCCAGAUGUUUUGAGACUACAAUUCCCUUCAUCCCUGACCACUGGUUCUGUUAGCUAGGGAUGUUGUAGGCAUGGGGUUGUAGGCCAAAAACAUCUGGAGGGCCGAGGAAGCCUGAUUUAAAGUGUGUUUCCCUGGUUUUUAAGACAGAAACUUUCCUGGAGUGAAUUAUAAAAAUCAGUGGUAAGUUAGUCCCUGCCCUCAGGCUUUUUCCUUCAGUGGGUUGGGUUUUUCCUAUACAGUGGUGCCCCGCAAGACGAACGCCUCGCAAGACGGAAAACCCGCUAGACGAAAGGGUUUUCCGUUUUGGAGGCGCUUCGCAAAACGAAUUUCCCUAUGGGCUUGCUUCGCAAGACGAAAGCCCAUAGGGAAAUCUCCGGGACCUCUUUUAAAUGCUAGCGGUGGGGAGCAAAGCCUUCCCCCCCCCUCCGGCCUUCAGAAGAGGUCCAGGAAGGCUGGCGGGGGCCGAAAGGCUUUGCUCCCCACCGCCAGCAUUUUAAAAGCAGUCCGGGAUAGCAGGGAAGCGCUUCCCGCUAUCCCGGACGGCUUUUGAAGGCAGGAGAGGUCCGCGAAGCCUGGGCGCGCUGAUCUCAGCGCGCGCAGGCUUCGGCAUGCCGGCAACUCUCCGCAAGCAGCGGCAGCGCUGCCGCUGCUCGCGGAGAGGUCCGCGAAGCCUGGGCGCGCUGAUCUCAGCACGCGCAGGCUUCGGCAUGCCGGCAACUCUCCGCAAGCAGCGGCAGCGCUGCCGCUUCUCGCGGAGAGGUCCGCGAAGCCUGGGCGCGCUGAUCUCAGCGCGCGCAGGCUUCGGCAUGCCGGCAACUCUCCGCAAGCAGCGGCAGCGCUGCCGCUGCUCGCGGAGAGGUCCGCGAAGCCUGGGCGCGCUGAUCUCAGCGCGCGCAGGCCUCGGCAUGCCGGCAACUCUCCGCAAGCAGCGGCAGCGCUGCCGCUGCUCGCGGAGAGGUCCGCGAGGCCUGGGCGCGCUGAUCUCAGCGCGCGCAGGCUUCGGCAUGCCGGCAACUCUCCGCAAGCAGCGGCAGUGCUGCCGCUGCUUGCGGAGAGGUCCGCGAGCCUUGGCUGGACAGCUUUUGAAGGCAGGGGGGACAAGACUUCGCCCCGCCAACCUUCAGAAGAGGUCCAGGACCUCUUCUGAAGGCUGGCGGGGGCAAAGUCUUUGUCCCCCUGCCUGCCUUCCCAGGGGCUUUAAAUUGCCCCGGACAGCGGAGAAGUCCUCCGCUGUCCCGGGGCAAUUUUAAAAUGCCGCCCGCCAGCAUUUUAAGAUCGCUCCGGACAGCGGAGAAGCCCUCCGCUGUCCCGGGUUUUUAAAAUGCUGGGGUGGGUGGGAAGAAAGCCCUUGUCCCCCCCAGCCUUCAGAAGAGGUCGGGGACAGACUGUCCCCGGACCUGGUCUGAAGUCGGUUUCCUAGGAACGCAUUAAUUGAUUUUCAAUGCAUUCCUAUGGGAAACCGUGCAUCGCAAGACGAAAAACUCGCAAGAAGAAAAAACUUGCGGAACGAAUUAAUUUCGUCUUGCGAGGCACCACUGUAUAACUGAUGGCUAUUUAGAUUGUAGCUGGAAACUGCCCGAAGAACCUUGUUGACAGUAAAGCCACCAUAAUUUUCUCAUGUACACACCCCUGUGAAAGUAGAAUUGGAAGGCAGUAAAGACUUAGAGUGAACAGUAAAGCAAAAUUAUUCAUUUGGAUCUUUCAGCUUGUGUUCUUGUGAGCCAUGUACAGCAAAGAUAAAAUCCCCACUGAAAACCCACAAUAUGGUGCAGGCAACCAAGUUGUAGGACAAAUUGUAAACUUUAGAAUACCCUUAUCAGUUGGACUUAAAUAACAGAACCAAGCACCAAUUUGAACAGAAAAUAUUAGCUCUGUUUGCUUUCCCAAUAUUUUAAAAAUGUCUACUUUAGGUAUACUCUCCAUUCUUCUUUGGGACAAGUCUUUGAUGUAGACAUGGUUUAGUUCACAUUUGCUAGUAGUUACUUUUAGGAAGGAAAAAGAAGCUACUAUGGGCUGAGGGUGGCUCUGAGAGUGGAAGAGUGUAGGCUUUCCCCCCCGUGCCUUGCAAUCUGUGAUACCACAACAAUUUGCAGAAGAGGGGCUGCUGAUACCGCACUGCACUCAAGUGUUGCUGAUACAGGCAACCCCGAGUUUACAUGGGUCUUGUGUUCUGGGCCAUCACAUGCUUUUGUGAAAUCACCUGUAAUUGAAAAAAAAACUCUGUAAAAGCCUGCAAACAACCUGCUUCUAUGUUCUGUCCUUUUAGUGGCAUCUUUUAGGACAUUUCCGGGUCACUCCUGGGUUCAGCACUCUGCAUGUUCGCACAAUCACACACAAAUUGGUCGUGCCUAAAACGGGGGCCUGUACCACCUGGCUAGUACUGCAGUUUCUAAUACAGUGGUGGUUAGAUGACACUGGGUUCUAGUAGACAUGCUCCGGCUCUUAUAAAGCCUUGGACUUAGUCCUUUUACCUCACUGAGUGUCUUGUCACUGAGCUACUCUGCCCAUAGCUAUUUUCUUGUGGAACAUUUGGUUUGCCCCUAGACUUUCAACGCUGAUGGGGCAAGAGGCAAUGAUCUGGAUGCCUCCUUGCUGAGGCAACCUUCCCAUAUGCUUUUGCAGUAUCUGUAUACAUUUUCAUGUCAGUAUCUCUGAAUUGAAAUGGACUAUUAGACCCUCUCUUUGUGCAUUAGUAUUUUAGUUAACGGUCACUAUCAGAUGCUGCUGUUUGUUUUUCGUUUUCCUAUUAUUAACAGUAACUGGAAGAUUACAAUGCUCAUAUUUUUGCCUUUGGUUGUUGUCAUAUUGAAAUGAACUUAAUUAUUGUCUUUUGUUUCUAGCUGGAAAAUAACCAAUUGAAUCAUUAAAAAAAAAACCAAUCCUGUGCACACAACUUUUUAUAACUCCUGAAUCUGGUGAUUUUUUGCCUAUGCAGAUAUUAUAAUUACAGCAUCGUAUUUCUCUCCCCUAAUUUGUCUGGAUGACAUGGGUGUGCUCUAGCCCCUAUGCAGUUUAAUCUUUAUUUAAAUAAUCUCUAAUAAAACUCUGCUUGAGAACACCACUGGUCUGCUCAGAAAUCUCUUUGUUACUACAGUACAUGCCAGUGAUACUGUAUUAUUCUCACUGGCUUGGACUUGACUCAUUACUGAAUUCUUCAAGGCAGAACAUUUGAUAAUCAGCUAAGUAAACUGAUUAGAGGUUUUGAUGAUUAAGCAGUAUAUAAAUUCUGUUAAAUAAAACAAAAGAACUAUAAAAUGAAAGAUUAAUAAAUAAAACAAAGAACUAUAAGAAUUAUAAAUGGCCCCUGGUUUUCAACCCACUCUAUCCUGGUCACCUCAGAUUCAAAAUACUAUAUUGGGGUACUGCGCAUUCUAUCAGCACUGUUUUAAGUUCUACUGUUCAAAAUGAGAUCAGAAUAUAUCUUUGGUUUUGAAGGUGUACAAAGUCAAAGUAGACAGCAAAAUUAUGUACAGAGUUCAGCUUUGGAUACUGGAGAUGAAUUCAGAUACCACUUCUAACUAAUGUAUCUAAGCAGCAUACAGUGAAAUCAAUACAGUAUAUGCAGUGCAAAUAGGUUAAGAUAAAGAUCCCACUUACAAUAUAUAUAAAUGUAUUAACACCAGAAACAAUGUGUGAAUAGAUAAAAGUACAACUGUUGUUAAACCUUAAUCAGAAAAGGCUUGUGUAAAAGGUUACUAAUAGCAGAAGUCAUCUGUGGCUUAUAUGCAUAGGGUGUUCCAUAAAGGGAACUAGCCAGAAAAGGCCCUGUGCCCCUUUUCUGUCAACUGCUGCAUUUGGUGUACCCAACAAAGAUUCUCCAGCUGAAUGUAGUGAAUGGGCAGGGAUGUGGGGGGAGAGGCAGUCUUUCCAAUAACCACCUGUGACCAGUGUUAGAAACUGGGAUAGAAAAGCUAUUUGUCACAUGGCUCCUGGAACCUAGGUUAUAGGACCAAAAACUGAAUGGCUAGUGGUCACACCCCUCCCCAUGCUGCAGCACUUUCUGUUCAUUUUUUCAUGGAGAAUUUAUUUGGUUCUUUUUGCUGUUUGUGGUAUUUGGAGGGUUGUAACUAGCCAUAGCAAGACAGGUCACACAGAGAGCACAGUGGGACAAAAAUUUAGGCACGUAUAGGACAGUAACACCCAAUGAAAUUCAUGGUUGAGUGGGGAUUUGAAUACUGGUCUCCCAGGUCCUGGUCUUACAGACACACUAACCACACUGGCUUUCAUUGGGAAGAACCUUUCUCUUUUGGUUUGCAAAGUCACCGCUUCUGUGAUAGGUGGAGCUGCCUGUGAAGGACAUUGUCUCAUUCUAUCCAUUCAUGCCCAUGUAACAUGAUUAUUUUCAAAGUUCUAAACUUGAAGCAUGCAUUUGUUCUUUGGAAGCAAUAUUGUGGAUGUGGGUGGCGCUGUGGUCUAAACCACAGAGCCUCUUGGGGUUGUCAAUCAGAAGGUUGGUGGUUCAAAUCCACGCAACAGGGUGAGCUCCCAUUGCCCUUUCCCAGCCUCUGCCAACCUAGCAGUUCAAAAGCAUGCUAGUGCAAGUAGAUAAAUAGGUACAACUGUGGUGGGAAGGUAAAUGGCAUUUCCAUGUGCUCUGGCUUCCGUCAUGGUGUUCUGUUGUGCCAGAAGCGGUUUAGUCAUGCUGGCCACAUGACCUGGAAAGCUGUCUGCGGACAAACAUUGACUCCCUCGGGCUGAAACGAGAUGAGUGCCGCACCCCAUAGUUGCCUUUGACUGGACUUAGUUGUCCAGGGGUCCUUUUAUUGUAACCUCCCAAUAUGAAUCACUAGAACACUUUUGCAAGCUUUUUCAAAAGUUUGAGAUCAUGUUUCAAAAAUUAAAAUAUGCCAUUAAUAAGGCAUUAUUUAUUUAAAACAUUUCUUUCCAGCUUCUCAUCACCCAAACAACCCUACAGCCGGUUUUGUUAAAAUAAAAUUCUUAACACAUAAUGCAAAGCAGGUAGGUCAGUUAGCUCAGUUAUGCUGAUUUUUUAAACUAAAAGAUUCAGAAUUAUUGUCAGCAUUUUUAAAAGCUCUGAGAAUAACUGGAAGUAAAGAAUUUUCCAUAGUUCCUUUUAAACUCCCCCCCCCCCCAAUGAGUUGGAUAUCACUCUCUACUAUUUGAUUGAGUGGUUGACAAUAUUUCAGAAUGGUUGCGCAUCACAGGAUACACAGGAGGGUACCUGGGGUCCAUGUAAGAAAACUAAUACCGCUCUGUGGUGCCAAUGUAGUUGCUUCCAAACAGACUGUGCCAAAAACCACAAUAGUUUGGCAGUGAUUGUUGGAAGUGAUAAACCUGAACUAGUAAGCAUGAUUUGCAUUAACUAUGUUUCGGCAUGAUUGAAUUGACAAACUAUAGUUAUGGUUAUUGCUGUGACUCUAGAUGCUUUGUUUGGAAGCUUAAAUGUUACUUGCGUUAUGGAAGCUGCUUUCAGUCUCUUGCAAAGUGGCAUGAAAAUGUUGGAAACAAAUUGUGCAUUGAUUCUCAGCUAUGGCUAGUGUGAACUGUGGCUUGCCAUGGAAUGAGCCACGGUGAUAGGCUAUCCAGAAAGCUGGGCAAAAUGCUAAUAAAGGCAACAUGUGUAUAAAAUGAUCACAACAGACUGGUGAAGAGUAAGAACUAAAUUUGCAAAAAGUGAAGGCUCAGUGGAAUAUAACUGAUCUAUAAAUAUCUUUUAGGUAACAGCACAAAUUAAGGAAGGGAAUUACUUUGUCUCAGAAGUUGGUAGGAUUGGAAAGGAGCAGGAUUGAAAGAAAAGCAAAAUAUGAUUUAAGAUGAACACCAAAGUUCAAUUCUCUACUUCUCCAAUACUGAAACCCAAAAGUUGGAUCUCUUAAAAAAGAGAAGGAAAGGGGAGGGGAGCUACUAUGAAGGGUGUGACACAAAGGCCAAAAUCAAAUCAACUAUAAAGAAGAAAUAAUGCAGCUUCUGUCUGCAGGAAAGGAGGGAAGGCGCCAAGAGUCACACAAUACGGAAGACAGACCCAUUACAAUUGCUUACACUUUGAUGGAGGAGUCUCACUUGUCAUAAAUACAAGAUAAUAGUACUGAAAUACAAAGCCCUACAUGGCUUGAGACCCAGGUGUUUAAAAGAGUACUUUCCCCAAUACCAGCCAACUCAGACCUACACUGGGCUUCUUUGGGAGGAAGGAAGGAUAUAAAUGGAGACAUAGCCAUCAUCAUCAUUUUUAAUUCCUCAAAGGAAAAAAGAGGCACAGGGUAAGGUGAGCACUGCUGGGUCUGACCUAGAGUUCCAUCCAGCUUUUCUUCUCCCUACCACCACACAGAGCACCUUCUGCUUUUGCCAGGUUUAGCUUAUCUCCAGGUAGGGCUGAGAAAGACCCAUGCUUGAGACCCUGGAGACAGUAUUGUCUGUCAGUGAAAGCAAUACUGAGUUUUGAUAGGGACCUGUAGCCUGACUCAGUUUAAGGUAACUUCUUUUGUUCAGAACUAGUGCAAGUCUCUCAUGCUGUUUCUGGCCAAAGACCUAUGUGUUGCAUAGAGGGGGCAUGUGUACUGCUGAGUUGGGGCUAUUGCCUCUGGUGAUUUGAUUUGCAAGGGCCAGAAUCUAUGAAGUCUUAGCAUUCUUUUUGAACUCUUCCUAUGUCUUUAACAGCCGUCAUGACUUAAUUUUGUAAGUGUGUAGCAGUAGGUUAGGGCUUUGUUUUCAGAUUUCAAAAUGAUGCUUCAGCUUGGCAGUGUUUCUACCACAUUCAAUGGGAGGAUGUUCUUGCUGCCAAUCUGCGAGCAUUGCUUCCUGCCACGUGCUGGGCUUUCCUCAAUCUCUAUCCCGAUGCUGACUGGGCUGCUUAAUUGUCACUUACAGUGCUGACAUUAAAAACAUUACUGAAUGCUCUUGGAGAAGUUCAGUUUAGCCUUCUGUGCUUCACUAGAAUUAAAAUGUGAAAAAGGAAUAAAAGCAGUCUAUGUAGACAAGAAUGAAAAUGAACCCAGAUUCCCCCAACCAUUUAGAGGCAUAUUUGUUGUUAUUUUUAAUUAUUUGAACCGAUUGCCUUGAGUGUUAACAGCUUCCAACAACCUGUAAGUCCAUAUGACAACUUUCUGCUAGCCCUUUGGUCCACAGCACCCCAUCCCACACAAUUCAGAAGAGCCUUCUCCCUUAUGCUCUGUAGAGGCUUUUACAGGUGGCUUCAGUGGGCAAGAGAAGAUGGGAAACUUUCCUUCUGUGAACUUGCUUAAGUUAACUAACUUUUAAGAUCCAAGCUUAUUGAUGCUAGAAUGUUGCUGUUUCAUUUCUGUGUGCUGGCAUAGAAAUAUCAUUUUGGAGACUGAUAUUUACUCUUUCUUCUCAUUGGUCAGGCAUGGCUUGACAGAGUCCUGGAGAUUGUGGUAUUAAUGCAUGCAUAUAAACUGUUUUUAAACAAUACUCACUUCUGAUUUAAGGAGUUGCACUUCAGCCAUAUAAGUUGCAUAAGUAUUUAUGAAAUGUAUUAGAAGUAGUUGAACUGGUUCCUAAAUCAUAUGCAAAUGUUAGUACUUGAGCUGGAACCCAAGAGAUGAAAAAUACAUUUGUGUUUAUAUUUAGGCUAUGUAUAUUUUAGCAGCUUCUUCAGAACUGAAUGGAAAUGGCUCAGCAUGAUAGGAAAGCAGCACAGGCAUGUAUUAUGUUUCUGCAGCAUUAAUGUUAUCCAGAAAAGCUCUCAGUAAGAUGAUACCUUUUUGUCACAUUAUAAAUUUAUUAAGAAGACAUAAUGUGACCCAGUUCAUGACUAGCUAGGUAGAAAUUGAGAACUGAACCACAUUAUGUUUUAAUGUUGGGAUUUAUAUUCACAUUGGAGGACCUUUCAUCCUUUUCUUCUGCUUAUAAAUACAAAUUUUAAACAAAUUACUCAAACUUCUGCUGAAUUUAUUAAAACCCCAGCAUAAUGUUUAAUUUUUAAUAAGUCAGAAUGCCAGCCAUGGUUCUUGCAUGAAUGUGUAUGUUUGGCAAGUGACUAAAUUGUACAAUACUGCAGUGUUCCUUUCCAUUAGAAGAUAAACAAAUCUAAACUUCUAUCAAGAAAAAUACAGAGGUUGAUGUCUUUAAAGUGAUCCAGACUUACUUAACAAGGAGUUUUUGACAUACUGCCUCAAGUUACCAUGGAGUGCGCCUCUGGAGGUGAAGUCAAACCGCUGUGUUAGCAGAGCCAAAGUGAUCACCCCGAGUGGCAAGCCUGGGCGAUAUGUACGGAGGUCCUGGGCUGCCCAGAUGACAAGACCUCUCUCUCUCACUCUCACUGAUGUAGUCCAGAGGAAAGCAGAGUAAUACGUUUGGUGCCAGCUUGGCUACAGGAGUUUCCUAAUAUAUGCCUAUAUUUUAAAGUCUGGAGACUGGGGGAAACAAUCUGAAAUACCCAGUCCAUAGGCUUGGUAUUCUAAUAUCAAACAGAGUAAGACUAUGGGAAACUGAACAUAUAACUGUUGCUACAUAAUUGUGUGUGUCUGUGGUUUUGUUGGAAGGAUAGCUGCUGGAAUGUGGAUGUCUCAUUUUUGGUACUCUUCAAAGAGAACUAGGCAAGCGCUAAGUUUCAGAGCUGCUGGGAACAAGCCGAUUCAAAGAGGGAGGAGAUGGGUAGCAUCUCAGUUCACAAUAUGCCUUCAGGCUGCAGGUUGGGUGUUGAGGCACAGGCUCAUAGCACAAAUAGGCAUGUGCUAAUUUGUAAGUAUAGAUGCUAUUAUAGGCUGAUUUUCAGGGAGAAAUCCACCCCGUGAAUAACAUUUUUUCAUGAGUUUAAAAAAGAGAAGUAAGAGGAAGGAGAUAAAUGGCCCAGUGCAAAAAAACCGAGCCCCUGGGGCCAUCCACUGACAACACCCCUGCUUCUAGGGAAUCAAAAAUGUUGCAGAAUUAGAGGGCUCCUCUUACUUGUUGAAAUGUGCUGGACAAUAGUGACUUGCCCAAGGUUAGCCAGUGAGUUUCAUGUUUAAGUAGACAUACGAAUUGUUAAUACUUGUUGUGGUGUCAUAUCCAGUAAAAAAAAAAUUGUGAAUAGUAUCUCACUGGUUCUCUAGUUUUGCAUGUUUUCUGGUAUUAGCUAUUGUUUUGUAGAAUGAUAGCAUUUUCUCUGUCUUUAAAGACAACUUUAUUAUACUGCAGGAAGUUGGCAACAAACAAUGUUCAGGCUAGCAUGGAUGUGCAGGAAUAUGGAAGCAGGUCACAGGGUGCCAGAGGGCAGAUAGAUAUUUGACCCACCCCAGCACAUUCCUUUGUAAAAAUGGCCAUCUGACAAAACCAACUCUUAAAAGGGCUAUGUAGUUCCUGCACAAACAUAUGUAUAACAGUUCUCUUGAACUUACUUGACAAUCCAGUUUAUGAGCCUGUUUGAAUAAAAGGAGUGUAACGUGAUAUUUGGAUUUUAUUUUAUGGAUUUUUUUUUGUCAAAACAACUUUACAUCGUAUAUGUGAGGAAUAAUGAGGGCUUCAGGUUUUUCCCAUGUGCGUAGCACUGAGUGGAGUUGACCCUGGUUGUAACUGUUAGUAACUGGUUCUUUAGGACUUGAUAACUGAUACAGAGCUCUAAUAAGUCUCUUUACAUAGUUUGUGUGAUCAGCAGUCUUCCCUAGAAAUCUGUGUAUGGAGAAUACCUUUUAAAUCUGUUCUACUUUUACCAAAAUUGUUUAAAGGAAACUGAAUAAUGACCAAGACUUUCAGAGAGCUUGUCUAAUAUAUACAAUUACAUAGAGUUCAUAAAUUAAAAACAUUGUAGCAUGACAACUUGUGUAAUCUUUUUUAGAUAGGUUCUGUGGAACAAUAGCUUUUAAAUAAAUGUAAUAUUAUAUUAUAUUCUUUGUACUGGUAGGAUUGCAACUUAGAAUAUCUGGCUGUUGGCCAUUGCAGGAAAUUUAGGUCACUUUAUAUCUCUGAAUUCCUGAUACAUCAUGUUGAGGUCAAAGCAGAGUCAUAGCAGAGCAUUUCUUAUGAUGGACAGCUUUUCCUAAUACCUGCGUUUAAACCCAAAAGUUGUAAUAAGAGAAUGUAUUUGUGUUCAACAAAAGCAAUUGUUAUUGAAGUAUUAUUUUAUAUGCCCCGCUAGCCAUUUGUUAGGCAUUUUAGAAAGUAAAGAGAAAAUGUGUGCAUUUUCCAGAUGCAAUAUUUUAUUCCAAUCCAGUUUAUUCUCAUAGACAGUAAAAUUGUUAAAACCUGAUGGCUCAUCUGCCGAGAGAUUAGCUUUUUGCAAAGUUGCAAACAAAAUAAAAGCUUUCUGCAAGCUGUAAGCUCUGUCUCUUUUCUUCUAAAAGUCAUGUAAUAGCUGCUAUUGCAGAUGAGCAUGUCUUUCUUUGUUUUUCUUUUCUUUUCUGCAAUUCAUUUGCUUUAUUCUUUAUAAGAUCUGUUUUCUGCUGGUCUGUCACUACAUUUCUGCUGCCCCUCCCUCUAGCUGGGUUUGUCAAGUCGCCCAUGUCAGAAACUAAACUCACGGGGGACGCCUUUGAGCUGUACUGUGACGUGGUUGGGAAUCCCACUCCAGAGAUCCAGUGGUGGUAUGCUGAAGUCAACCGGGCUGAAUCUUUCAAACAGCUAUGGGAUGGUGCUCGAAAGCGCCGUGUCACCAUUAACACUGCCUACGGGGUGAAUGGCGUGAGCGUGCUGAGAAUUACUCGCCUUAUCUUGGAAGACUCUGGGACUUAUGAGUGCAGGGCGAGCAACGAUCCCAGAAGGAAUGACUUGAGGCAAAAUCCUGCCAUAACGUGGAUACGAGCCCAGGCUACCAUAAGCGUCCUUCAGAGUGAGUUCAGCACCCUACAGUGGUAGUACUGUAGUAUCUAGAGGCAGUCAAGUGACCCUUACCCCUCCUGUGACCCUGGUAUAACCCACCCAUUGUCUUUGUCACAUUUUUUGGUUUUGAACCCAAAACUAUUCCUCUGGUUGUAGUGCUUUACUGUGUUUGCCACCUUCUUACUGUGUCUCCUCCUUCCUAGGAUCAAAGGACUGGGGAGAAUCUCUGGAACUGUCUUCUAGUUCCUCUGUGAAAACAAGCCCAGUAUUGGAUUGUUUGUUACCUCCCUUUUACUUUCUAUAUUAGGCUUCCUGCUAUCCUAAUGCUGGCUUCUUCAUUGAGUGCCUUUCUACUUUGUGUUGUUCCCUGAUCUAACCAUUUCUAACCAUUUUUUUUUCUUUUGUUGGGAUCUCGUGGAAUGCCUUUCUUUUUCACAUGAUUUUGAGUUCAUAGACUUCUGUAUAAAUCCUUCCCAUUUGAAUUCUGUUAUAUGUGAAAGCCUGGAUUUUCCCUUCAAGUCACAGCACUUUACUUUUAUAAAUAGCAUAUAUGUAUAUGCCCAGACCUCUCAAAAGUUGGUCCUUUGAUUACUGAUGCAGAUGCUUUUGCCCCAGGAUAUAAAAGUGAGUCAUUACUUAUCAUGUAGAAGUGGUAGCCAAGAAUCUCCCCUUUCUCAUGCUUGUAGCAUGCAUUAAGCAUCUUUACAUGGAAAGCUGAAUGAUAGUGGGCCUGGUCUUAUUAUAUGCCAUGUGAGCUAGGUCCUUAAUGGCUCCACUGUACAAAUGACAGGUAAAUCAAUUAGACAGUGCUAUAAAGUAAGCAGGAAUAGAACUGACACAUACACAUUUCAUUUGCAGUGUUAAGCUACCAUUGAGCUGUCCAUCUUGUAACAAAUUAUAUAUUUUGAUAGAAAUUUAUGCUGAAUUUUUACUCAGUCAGAUUGUUUUAAAAUAUUAUUUACCUCCCUCUAAGAAUUGCUCCUGUGUCCCAAGGCAUCACAUCCUGGGCUUCCAUUUUGGUUUUCUAUUGCAGCUUAGAUGACACAUACUCAUGAGACUCUACACUUGGAGGGAGUGCCCACAAUAACAUAAAACACUUUAUGCUUCCAUUUAUUAUUAAACUGUAUUCUGAUCUCACCCAGUUUUUUUGGAAAGCAGUCUUGAGAACCCGGUGUCCCCAAGCUGUGACAUUUUGAUCAUUGGUUUAAGAGCAUGCAUCCUAUUCCUGGCAGUGGUAGAUAAACCAGAAGUAGAGGAUCAAAUACGGGAUCGAUUGUAUUUAUUGAUAUUAUUAAUAAGAAUUUUAAGAGAAUGUUAAAGCAGGAAGAAUCAAGUGUCUGUCACUGCUGAAUGGAAUGAUAACUUGUGAUAAACACAACAUUUUGGCUAUAGUAAAAUGUUGAUGGAUAACUUGAAGAAAAGAAAGUCCUCUCACUGUUGCAGGAUUUAAAAUGGGCAUCUUCUUGUUCAACUUGGUUUCAUUUAAUGUAUUUGGCUGAUUGUAUCUGAAGGCCACCACUCCCUUUAAAUUACCGGUAAUAUUGGCAGUAUUUCCAGAUUCCCUUCCAUGAAUGGCUCCUUUCCCCAUUGGGAAUGAGUGAGCUGCGGCAGAGAAAAUAACAUGCCCAAGCCAGCCUGUAAGUACAAGGAUGAGCUGGGAUUCACAGUGAAGAACUGUCAAAUGUGUAUUGUGUACAUUUUCAGCUAUGAAUAUUUUCACGAGCCAAUGUUAGAAAAAAGGCCAUUCUGCUUUCAGUCUUCUUCUGUAAAACAGGCAAUUAUUGUAGUGAAUAUGUGAGAGAGCGGAGCCAGUUAGAGAAUGGAAUUUGGUCUCCGAAAUAACCAAGAUAAAAUAUUGGUAAGGUUAUUAUUAGAACUUUUUCAUAUUAUCUUUCCCAUAGAUCCCAUUUCUCAUUUGUCUUGUUCAUCAGAAGAGUUAUACCACUAUUCUGCUAUGUCUCCCACAGCAGCUCAUGCUAAGCUGACAACCAAAUUAAAAUUAUAAAAGUCUACACCAACCAACCACAGUCUUCAGUUCAGACCUGCUUGCUGUCCAAGGUUCUUGGAAGGAUACUCAGUUUGUUUCAGGGUCUGAUUCUGCUUUGUUCCCCACCCUCCAGUUCACUAUUGGGAAAUUAGAAAAUGGCUAUAACUUUUGAGAGAAAUGGGUGGCGUUUUAGCCAAUUCACUUGCCCCUCCAUUCUGGAUAAAGCUUUUCAAAUGCAGGCAAAUAGGUCCAAGGCCUUUUUGUAUUAGGCAGUUGUGAAAUUGGACCUUUUUUAAACAAGAAAUAUUGUAACUUUAUUUUGUGUAGGAGUUGGGUGACAUUUGCAAGCAAGGUUGCCAGGGCAUAAAUCCUGGCAAAGUUCAGAAGAGCAGCUGCAGUGGUUGCCCUACAAGCGUAGCUAUCACAGUUUUUUGGUGUGUAAAAAAGAAGGAAAUCUUUAAUUUCCUCUAGUGUUUUAUGGAAAGUUGGUCUAAAAAUUGCAGACCCAAAAGGUGCUCCUGGGUCAAAACAAACAAACAAACAAAACAUUCAAAUUGCAGUUGAAUAGUUUCAGGGACUUUUGUGCUAGGCAGCUUUCAAAAAUUGAUUUUGAGGAGGAAGAAUCUAAAAGGAUGAGCUAUCCGGGAAAAGUCAUUCACUUUGAUUACAAGCCAAACUUGUUGGUUACAAAGGAGCUUAACUCCCUUACAUUCUGAUGGCUUGGGGAAAAUUAUUGUUUUGUUUGUUAUUAUGUUACGUAGUUUUGUGGUUUUGUACUGUGAGCUGCCCUGUGAUCCUCAGAUUAAGGGUGGUAUAUAAAUUUAAUAAAUAAUAGGUUUUGGUUUUGCAAUGCUGCUCCUCCCCCCAAACGUUCUCACAUUUUCCUUAUACAUGAUAAACCUGGAGACGUACUUUUGGUUUCAGUAGAUCCUCACCUGCAGCAAAAGUAGAUGUCUGGAUUGCUGAGGCACCAUGAAGCUUGUCAGAAUUCAUUUCUCUGACUUGAAUGCUCUAGCACCAAUCCUGCUUCACCUCAGACAAACCUCAACUCCAUUCACGGUACCCCAGCUUAUGAUUCAUCAAAAUCAAAUGACCCCAAACAAGCUCCUCCAGUUUACCUUAGAGAGCAUACAGGGUUUGUGGUGCAACAUUUUUGCUGCCGUUUCUUCCACCUGAAAAUUUUGAGCCUUUGUUUUUCUUAAUUUAUAGUCCUUAGCACAACCUAUUUGCAAACGUCAUUCCAUAAUGUUUGUUAUUGCUAAAGUAUAGCUUCAAGUUUCCUAUCUUAACACAAAAAUAGAACAGUUCUAGAAAAAUAAAGUCACACAAAAAAUUGUAGAAAUAAUUACUUCAUUUAAUAUUGCAAUUUGUCUGGAAAGAGCAUAUGAGUGAGUAAUGUAACAUCUGGGUUUGUGUGUACAUAUCUGUUGCAUAGACAUGUAUUUGGGGGGGAAAUGUGUAUGUGUUUCGAGAACAUAGUAGCUGGGAACAUGGAUGGGAGGAAGUGAAGUAUGCCAAAGAAUCUCAAAGGCAAAUGGGUAAAAGAAGAAUCUGGCAUGGCAGAAGGUGUCAUGCUUGUGUGAAAUUUGUAUGUUGAUGAGUGUGCAGUUAUGGCCUUCUUCUUUUCUAGGCACUUCUUCCUUUAGCUCACCAGCACUUCUUUCAUUUCUUCUCAUGUAGCCCAUACAAUUGGAAAAUAACUAGCCUUAGUUGCUGUGGUCCCUCUGCCUGAGGAAUAGAGUUUUGGGUAAAACUGGUAGUCCAGGCCAGAAAUUACACUUCUAUACAGUGCAGUCAUGGCCUUUUACAAUAGUGUCUUGUCAGUAACAUACAGAACCUGCUUCAAAGAAAUGUACAUUUUAGGGUCAACAGUGAGUAAUACCACAGUAAAAGAAAUGGUUGGAGCUACAAGCCUAGCAAGGGAACAAAUGUGGGUACAGAGUUCUAUGAUUUAAGUGUAAGAAAAUACUGUAUUAAAUAUAGGGUGGAAGGAAGAGGUGUUGGUCAAAGAAGUGGAAGUCCAUAUAGGGUGAAGCAGUAGGGUCACCAUUAGUUACAAAUAGGUGCUAGAUAAUGUGUAGUGGCUAACAUAGUCAGGCAGGCAGCUUGGUUGACAAGGAACUGAUAAAGCCAAAGCUUCAAUUGCCAUCCCCAGCAUACCUACUUAACAGUGCUGCUUUGCCAAGACAGUGAUGAGCAAGACAAUAUUGUAGUUCUCUGUAAUAGAGUUGAUGUAGGUGGAUGCUAGCCAUUUUAGGCCCUACAAAGACAGUAAUAAACACACAGAAGAGGACUGUUUUGUUCAGAGUAGACCCAUUGAAAUUAAUUAGCAUGACUAAGUUAGAUCCAUUAAUUCUUGUAGGUCUAUUCUGAGUAAAACUUAGUCAAAUAUCAUGCUCCAUCUGUUUUGCCAUUGUCCAGUUUCUCUGUUAUGGAUUACUUGGGUUUCUGAAAUGCAGUUUUCAGUGUUUUGUAUAACUUUCAUAUAAACUCAAAGCACAAAGUUUAAUACUGUACGUCAGGAAGAUAUGCUUUGUGUUCACUUGUAACUUUGAGACUCAUGCUUUAUAGAGCACUUGAAGGGUGUCCCAGUUAUGUAAAACUGAUAGUGGAUGUGGAAACUUGUAAAGCUAUCUAAGGUAACAGCUCUUGCAAUUAAAAAAAAAUACAUUAAAAGAAAGCAACCAGCAUAUUGGUUGGAUUACAGAAUCUUCCUACAUGAAAUGGGAAAUGGCUCUAUGUGUCAACAUACAAGUCAUGAGUAAAGCUAAUAAUGUAGAUGGUAAACAAUUUGAUUAGGAUAUUUUGACUUACAGUACUGGCUUCAUGUUUUGAGCUCAGAUUUAUAAAUAUGCUUCUUUCCAAUUAUGGUAAUUAGAAUGUUCCAAAAUACAGAUAACAACCUUGUGACAAAACAAUGCUAUAAAAUCCUUCUGCAGUUUAAGCUGGAUAAUUCCAAGAGACAAACUAGUAACUAUGCGAUUUGAUAUCUCCCAAAGUCUUGUGCAUCUUUCUCCUGCCCCCUUCCUUCUGCUUUGGUUUCCACGUUUUCCUGCUUAACAGUCACUCGAACAUUGUUCAUACAUUUACAACUUUUCCUAAUAGAGAUCGGGUGUGUCCUUUGCAAGUAUUGACAGUGCACCAUUUUUUACAUGCAGUAAUAACUGGCUCACCAAGUAUCUUUGAUCUAGAACUGCUAUUCAUUUUAUUUUUUCUUAUUACUUCAACUAUAUGAGUGAGUUUGGUUGAUCACGGGUUUGUGGGUAGCAAGAAUGUGUAACCUUUUAACGUCAAGGUAACAGCACCUGAAGAAUGGAGCUGGGAGGACAUUUAGUUGCUGAUGUUCAGCUCUCAACUUCAGUUGAGUUUUAGAUUUCUGGUGUUCAGGUUGCAGUAGGAAAAGUGUAACAAAUAACUUGCAAUUUGGGAGAAUGCAAUAUAGCUCUAUCUCUUGGACUUAGAGGAAUCCUGGGAAAUACCUGCUGAUAGCUCUGACUGCUGCCCUUUGACAAUCACAUGUUGCCAAAUGAAAGGAAAAGGAAAAUAUUUCCUAAUAAAAGUAUGUCUCCUAAAUAUCAGUCUUAAAAUAAAUUAUGAACUAUAAACCAGAUUAAAACUCACUUUCACCUUUUAUAGAGUUCUUGUUCUCCUCUUUAAUCAAGUCUGCAUAAUAGCACCUUUCAUAGCACCAAGGGAAGGGCUUCAAGAGGAUCAAGAGGAUCCUGCACCCUGUAGUUGUUUGGGCCAUAAUUGUACCUAGAUCAGUUCCUACAUGUGAUCCUAAAUUGGAAAUACAAAAACUUUAUUUUAAAAAUCUAACUUAUUCUGACAUUUACUAUUUUUCUUAAGGGAAAGGCAGGCAGGCAGCUGGGUAGGAAAAGAAAUGAAACAUUUAAAACAGUGCAAUUUCUCACUGUAGACUGGCAAAAAUGACAGGUUUUGUUAAUGGAGGCAUAAAAUGCAAACAACUAUUGAAAUAAUUUUUCUUCCUUUGAAUUAAUACGUUGCUUUCAGAGUGUUUACGCAGAUGAACCUUAUAAAUCUUCUCUGAUGUGAUUUCGGACCAUAUUAAAGCUGGACACAAGUUUUGUAGAACCUUUCAGAAUAAACAUUCAUUGCUGCCUAUUAGCACUUCAUAUGUAAUAAAAGUAAAAACAGUGCUAUUUUUCUAGGAAAAAAGAGGUUCCGGAACUCACCCUGUUCUCUUAUAAUGCCAAUGGUGCCCACCUGAGAGGUGCCAGAACAAAAUUCUGUUGAGUUCCGGCUGAAGAAAAAAACCUGAAUAAAAACAUUGGGAGACCUGAUUAUGGAUCUCCUAUGCCUAUGUAUAAAUUAGCCCCAGAGCCCUGAAGGGCUCAAAAAUACAACAUUAAAAAAAAUCUACACACUGCUUAACUGCCAUGGCUAGAUUUAUUCUGGAAAUGUCUCAAUAGAAUGUCUGUUUUUAACUUAAAAGUAUAACGAAGAGGGAUCAGAAAAACUCCCAUUCUUUUUUCCUUUGAAUGUUGAAAUGAAAACUGUUAUUGGGAACUGAACUUAAUGCACUUCAGUUCUAUGGUAUAUAAAACUUAGAGUCCCCAUAAACCAAGGCUGUGUUUGUAACGACACUUUACUAUAUAUAAAUUGUGGUUCACAUAUCCUAUGUUGUAAUUUCAUGUUGAAUAUGUGAUGCAUUAGUAUGCAAGCACCAGUUUUAGUUGCACACUACAAAAUACAUUGUGGAUGAACCCAUAAUUGCAAAUUUAAAAAGGUAAAGGAACAAUGUUGGAGGGAUCCAAAGUGAUAUAAUAUUUGAGGUUAAGGUACUGGAGCAAAUGGAUUUGUUCCAUGCCUGUUUGGUUGAACUAGUUGCUGCUUGUUCCAGAGUUACCUCUUUAGUCCUAGAUAAUGUGUGGGGUUGUUUGCAUGUGCAUAUGCAUGCAAACAUUAUAAUUUUCCUCUAUUUCUAUCAUAACCUGCCACGUAUUUUAAAAACAAAACACCAGUGUGUGCCUGUGGUUUAAAGUGGUGCAUUGAUCUCUCUUAGAUUGUAUUAUGAUACCAUAAUACAAUCUUGGUAUUUUUAAGUUAUGUAAGUAUUAAAUGCAAUCUAAGUGUCUGAUAAUGACAUGAUUUUCUUUGUUAGCUUCUUGGAAGUUUGGCAUUGGCAACUCAGUUUGGAAAACUCUAUACAGGGUUUUAGCAGAGACACAGCUUAUUGCGCUUUACUGAUAUCUUUAAUAGGAUAUUUACCUGUUUCAGCAACAGCAUUUUAUCUAUAAUGGUGUAUAUGAGAGCAUCCAAAAUAUCAGUAGUAUCCAACUAUUGCGUCCCAUCAGCACAAUGAUUUAUGCUUGUACAGCUCAACUUUCAAAUCCUCUCUUCCCACUGUGCACAACCCAAUUAUGAUCCAGAACAUGGGUAGGCAAACUAAGGCCCUGGGGCCGGAUCUGGCCCAAUCGCCUUCUAAAUCCGGCCUGCGGACGGUCCGGAAAUCAGCGUGUUUUUACAUGAGUGGAAUGUGUUCUUUUAUUGAAAAUGCAUCUCUGGCUUACUUCUGGGGCCUGCCUGGUGUUUUUACAUGAGUAGAAUGUGUGCUUUUAUUUAAAAUGCAUCUCUGGGUUAUUUGUGGGGCGUAGGAAUUUGUUCAUUUCCCCCCCUCCAAAAUAUAGUCUGGCCCCCCCACAAGGUCUGAGGGACGGUGGAUCAGCCCCCUGCUGAAAAUGCUUGCUGACCCCUGAUCCAGAGGGUUGAGGAAACCCCCAGAACAGAUUUAUGGGGCAUGUGGAAUGAGGGCAGUUCCAUUGCGCAAGUGUAAAUCCUUGGGCUAAUGAAACAAGUUACUUAGCGCUAUAUUGGAUACAACUCUGUAUUUUAUUUUAUUUUAGUGGAAUAGGCUGAUUGUUGCUUGCAUAAAUGAGGAUGAAGGUGUUUCAAACUGAUGUUAUGUGUACAUGUCAAAACUUCACAACGGUGAAUUGGCUAUUACUUGGAUGGAGCUUAUUUUGCUUGCGUAGCUGUUAAUUAUGCCUCUUCCAUUGUUGAGUCUGAUAAGGCGUAAAUGUUACUAACCUUAACCUUACGUGUGAUUAUAUUAAAUAUGAGAAACUCCAGAAUGUAUUUCAUUCUUUUCUUUUUUCCCUUUUCAUAUAGGGGGACUGGUCCUUGUUGCCUUUCUCUGCUGCUCAGCUGUUCGCUGUAUGACUUUCUUGAUGUCUCUUAAGCUAGUGAAGCUGUGUUCCAUGUGUAGUUCUCUUCCCUCUCCCAGUUCCUCUGCCAUUUAGUUGUGAUGUGUAGGGCAUUUUAGUGUGCAGAAACUGAUUACUCUUCUUUUUAAUGUACCUUCUUUUUUAGAGCCCAGGAUCAAUGCCAGUAAUGAUACAAUCAUCAUUCCACAAUCUACACCUCCCAUCACACUACAGUGCAACCUCACAACAUUUCCCAGCCCUCUCACUGACAGCUAUUGGGUGAAAAAUGGUGUAGAGAUUUCGGAUACUAGAGAGAACACAGACACUACCCAGUACAGGUAAGCCUUGAAUUGGCUUUGGUAUUGUCCCUAAAAAAUGAAUGAAGCUACAGUAUAGCUAAACUUUUUCCAGUGAAACUUGACAUGUGUGGCUAAUAAAUUUUAGGUGACAUUUAAGACUCAUUACUGUGGAUUCAUGUUGAGCAUUAUGUCAUCAGGAGUAAUGUUCAAAAUAAUACAGUUUCUGCUGGUCAGAAGUUGUGUUUUCUUUGUUGUAAAUAUUCUUUUUUGUAUAAUUUAUCUCAUCUUCCUUUAAUAAUAAGAGUAAACUCUGCAACAUAAUCACAUGCAAACCUCCUCAGUUUGUAGUAUGUGUAAGACUCAUAUAGAAUUUGAGUUACCUUGGUCCAGUUCUUUUAAAUUGUAGCAUGUGAGAAGUCCAAUCUAGGCAAUACUAUAUGCUAGGAUUGCAUAUUUCUGUUCUAUGCUCCAGAUCAGGCAGUUGGGUUGUUCUGUGUUCCAACAGUGGAUCAAAUCUAGAGCUAGCAGUUGCUGCCCAGUUUUUUGUGGCUUAUUUCAAGGUUUGGUCCAUGCUUAGGGCAUAGUACUGACAGAACCUUGGGUACCUUUAGCUCCUGCUAGAGAACUUCUAAGGGUGUACUCCAGUUUAUGGUGACUUAAAGGGGUAUCAGCCUUGCUUAGAAAUAGUAGCUACUUCCUUGCUACUAGCAUCCUCAACAUGGCAGUGACUUCACACAAGAGUAUUGUCUGGUCUUCUUGAUCAUUGGGGUAACGUAUAGUAUUUGUCAAUGUUUAAAAUUCAAGUAUAUGGAUCUGUGCCUUGUGUUGCAAUAUAUAUUAAAAUUGGGUAAUUUUGCCCGACUCACUACACUAAUUUUGAGUUUAAGAAUAGAAGCUGGAAUACAACUUGGUUAGCACUGUUGGUCACUUUAGAAAUAUUCAUAUUCUAGUCCUUAACUUCAGAGCGGGGCAAACAGUCUUUAUAACUGAUGUGUGCUUAAUAACUACAGUAUAUCGCUGGGGGGGGGGGUGGCGUUUAGUGGAUGUGAAAUUGAUUUAAAACAUGGUGAUCUGGAGUGAGAUUGUGGUGUGAGGAGAUUAUUAUGCGGGGCUGCUGUUUGAAAAGCUCUUCAGAAGUUGCCAAAGCACCCAAGUGUGCUCAGUGCCCACAGGAUACUGGCUGACUGGAAAAGGAAAUUGAAAACCACCUGGGAGUGGGAUGGUGUGUCAUGCAGGAGAGUAGGACUGACUGAAACAGUGAACAGGAGCACUUAUGCAACAUUUUGUUAAAAUUCCCAGUUGUCUUCUAACUGUUAAUAUCUACAGAGGAGCCCCUGCUUUAAAAUUCAACCAAAACAGGGGGUUCUGCUUUCCACAUAGCAGAACUUUUUCAGUUGUGGCAUUGUAUCUUUGGGAGACAAAUGGUUUGUCAACAAGGAUCUAUAAAAGCACUUACCAGAUUGCUAGUGAUUCCCAUAACUCAUAAUCUAGUGAGGUUGCUCUGCAGAAAGGUAGGGCAAGUGAUUUAAAAUCACUCUUAACCAUCUUGAACACUAGAAAGGUUUUAUUUAAUUUCCAACCAAAGCAUCUCCCAGUAAGCUACCUUAAACCAACAAACAAAUGCACAAAAUUAGACAAGAUCCCGUUUUAAAUAUGUGUGAUGCAUAAUUAUUUGGCUCCUGCAUUUUCUUGUGUAGAAGAAAACUUAAACUAUAUGCAACAUAAUCAUUUUGGAGUGGUUUAGAGUCACUUUUUUCGUUCACAGAAUGAAACAUAGAUGAUUGAGCUAUUGCUUCUCAGCAACCAGAGUUGAUUUGUUGCCAAUUGUGAGCUAACUAUCUGGAUCCACAUUUCUUUUCUUUUCAGAAUUCCAAAGCCCAGAGCAGAUGAUUCAGGGGAAUAUUUGUGUGUGUUCGUAUUUGCGGGUUCCCCUGUAGCAAAUGCCACUAUAGAAGUGAAAGGUAUGCCUUUAUUUUUAUUUUCUGCUUCCUUUUUUAAAAAGCUUAAUUUCUACUAAUUGUUUCUUUGUAUCACUAUUUUUACUUUAUUUAGUUCUUGCAAUCUUGCAGUUGCAUCUUACUGCAUGCGUGGUCAUCUUCCACACAUGUCUCAAUAAAUUUGGAUCGUCUGUUGAAUUGUUUAGUCAAAUUGCCCACAGAAAACUUUGUAUUCUUAGAAUAGUGUGUACAUUGGUAUUGUUUCCUUGCUGUACUCUUUUACCCUGCUUAAUGGGCUGCCCACUAACAAUUUUCCUUGCUGCUAAGAAUCCGUCUCUCCAAGCUUCAGCUCUCUUCAGAAUUCCUGUCUCUUCUUGUAGAAAAUGGCAUAUCUCUCCUUAGGUUCAGAAUAGAGUUUUGGGUGGGGCCAGUUCAGGAGCGAAUGUGACAGACUCUCCUGUAAAGAUCUUAUUGUGCAUGUUCAUUGGGUCUAGAAGAGGGUGUCAUACAGUAUUUCAGAAGUCCAAUACUCUCUGAAUCCCAGGCUCCCCCUUCUCUGCCCCACAACAUUUCAAAGGAGCUCAAACUACUUUCUCUUUUAAGAGAGGGAGAAAGUAAUUCUACAGCACUGUGAAAAGCUUGGCAUGGCAGUCAUCACUACCUUGAUGCUUAAAUGGUGAUCAUUUAGAGCUGUAAAGAGCGAUAGGACACAGGACAUUAAAUCUAGUCUCUAACUUUGAAUCGUAAAUGUUACACAUAGCAAGUUGAAAAAUAGUUAAGUACACUGUUUCCUAUAGAUUUUGUAUUUUGUCCACAUGACUGCUUAAUCAUUACCAAGUGUAAAUUAAUAACUCAACUUUUUCAAUUGCUUGGCACAGUGUUCCCAUCUGGCCCCAGGGACUGAAGUUCCCCAUCUCUGCUUCAGCACAGUGCCAUUUACUUUCUUAAUUUUCUCUCUACCAUCUUUAGGUUCCUGUCCCCCCUAAAGUUUAAUGGUUUGUUGCAUCAUCCAGCACCUUCUUUCUUUCCCUUUCUUGGGCUCAUCAGCUGAUUUUCAUGCUUCUAACAGUCCUACUUUCCAGGGUUUUGUGCAGAGACUUUUUUUUCACCUGUUGCCACCUAGACUACUUUCUUGUACUAACUAUAAUUUCUACACUCAUUAGACUUGGUUCUCUAGCAAAGGUUUUGCCUUAUCUUCAAUUUGCUGUCCUUUCUUGUUGAAUGAUCAUGCUUUGCUGAAUUGUUAUAAAAUGCAAGUUCUUUUUUUCUCUCUCUGCUGCUUCUGUUUAACUCCUGUUGAUAUUUUGUGACAAGAACUUGUCCGUGAUCUUUGAUGCUUCUUUGCCUUUUUCGCUACAAAUUCAGGUUCUUCAACUAAUCAGCUUUCUGAAAAUAUUUCAUUGCUUUUCAAAGGAUAGCUAGAACUCUGUUCACUUACUAUAUCUAAACCCGAUUAUUAUAAAAUACUUUCUGAGGAUCUCUUUACUUAAUUGAAAAUUAUUGUUGUCCAGACUGCAACCUUCCAUAUUUUCAGCUUUCAAUGUGUCCAUGUCUCUUCCCUUUGGUCCUUUCAUUUCAAACUUUAGAUUCUUCAAAUGUGUGUGUUUAUUUGUCUCCUCCUGCCUCUCUUUGUAACCCUUCUGAAUGCAUGGGUCUUCUUGGAAAAAAUAUGAGGAUUUUCCACUACUCUAAAACAAUGAAGAUGAGAUUUAGCAUAUUUACAAGUGCAAUAAAAUGUCUGUGUGAGUUCUCCCGUUCAAUAUGCAUGCCACUCAGCCAUGCUUUUUUUCAAGAUACUUGAAUCCAUUCCAUUUCCCCCCAGGUUUUCUGACUAUUAAUAACAAUUUAUCCGAACACCCCAGUUUGUUAGACAAUAUGUCCUGGAUUUCAUCCUGUUUCAUACUUCAUCAGAACAAAAAUUUCUCACAGAUGUCAGCUUUAGAUCUCUGAACUUGGAACCACCCAUUCAUAGGGCGUGUCUUUUUAGGAUUCAGUCACAAUUUAUUAGUCCUUCAUUUUUCAUGUCCUCCCACUGGCAACCUGUGACCCUCUGGGUAUUGCUGGUCUACAACACCCAUCAUUCUGCCCACUGGACAAGCAGCAAUAUAUUUUUGUGGACUAUAUUUUUGCGGGUAUUCAGUGACUAUAUUUUUGUGGUUAUGCAGUGAGCUUUUUUAAAAAACACAACAUUGCAAAUCUUCAUGAUUCUGCAUUUUUUGUAUGUAGUAAAGAAUGAAUGGGCCCUUGAAUAACUUCCAUUGUAUUUGAUAUAUGUGUCAGAGACCUGGGAUUGGACUCCGGCUGGAUUAACAGAUCAGGCCCUAGCAGUCGCCUAGAAGGACACGUGUGACAAAAUUAGCUGCCUUGAAAGCGAAUGGGUUUUAGAGGUGGUAACUGAAGCAUACCAAGCCAUCUGCUAAUGAAGGUUCAUCUCAGGCAGUUCAUUGAUCUCACGUAAUCUCUCAAAAGUAUUACUCUACAACAGGUCUUAGGAGUUAAAGAAAUGGCCAAGUGAGUGGCAGUGGACCUGCUUAGGCAGGAACAAGUGUGCUGGUGUGGGGUCUUCAGGAGUGAAGAAGUUCUUUGCUUCACAUGAAAGUUCACCUUUUCAAGUGUCAAAAUUGUGCUGGUUUAAACAAAUACAUUACUGAGUAGAAUGUUAUAAAAAUAUAAUUUGUGUGUGUCCCCUUCUUUCUUACAUUCAACAUUUACUCUUCACUCUGUUGUAGGUCAGACAUUCAGUUGUUUUGGAAUUACUCAUUAAACAUGAGUCAUAGAUGUGCAGAUGCUUCUGGAGACACCUUACAGACUUGUUUAGAAAAGAAGCAAUAUACAUUUAUAAGUGUCCAGUUAGUUUUCCUGGUGUGAAAAGUUUCCUUGUAUACAAAAUGUACAAAGGAUAUAUUGAAUAAUUAUUUCUUAUGCACUAGAAAUUGGCUUUUAUAUACUCUUCAUAUCCCUAAAUGUGCAGGUCUAUUACUCAGUGGUGUUUCUUAAGAAAAAGGAAAGAGAUAAAAAAGGCUACAAAGGCCACUUUCACACACCAUUGUAAGGCAGGCUUUACUGAAUGAAGAGUGUGCUGGUGCAUGUAACUUUUUCAUUCCUUCAUGCAAGUGGGUAAAAUAAACCAGUAAGCAGCAGUUAAGGUGGACUUCCCAAGAUGUACAAACCCUGCAUCCAGUUUGUUGCUCCAGAUAAGCCAGAAUUUUUUUCCAACUUCACCACUUGCUAUAUUGGCUUGAUCGUGGCUUGUUCGGGAACAACAGACCAGGAUGCCAGGUUUGUCAUGGGAAGGCAAACAUAUUGUGGCUUCCUGGUUUAUUUUACCCAGUCUUGCCAAAAAAGGAAUGAAAUGUGAGUGAAUGGGCAGUGUGCACUAGCAAGCUGCAUGUUAACAGUAAGCCAGGAUUCCUGGUAUGCUGUGAUGUGUAUUUGAUAUAUGUGUCAGAGACCGGGGCUUGGACUCUGGCUGGGUUAACAGACCAGGCCCUAGCAGGCCCCAUUAGAUAAACCUCAGCAUAUUUAGAGGAGAGAUAUCUGGGAAUUCCCCAUAUGGAACGCAAAUGCAUUUAUGGAUGCAAUCAGGUCAAGGAUAUAAUGCAUUACCUGCUGGUUUGUGCCUUAUAUACAACGCCCAGAGAAAGUUUUUCAUCAUCUAUUCUUAACUGUUUCUCAGGCGGAUCCCCCCAGGAAGUGACAGUUGAAAUCUUAGCUGAUAAAUAUCUUUAGAUUACACACCUGGUAGGCAAAUUUGCUCUGGCAGCUAAGAAUCUCCAUUCUAGAUAGCUUAAUGAUUCCUAAUUUUAUAACCCUAUGCUGUAAAUUUUUACGCUGUAAACUUUUACACGUCCUGUUGUGUAAUUUCAGAGGAAAGUGUUAUUCUUAUCCCCUGCUGUACAUUGUAAAGGCUUUUAGCUAUUCACAAUAAAUUGCUUGAUUUAAAAAUAGAUAAAGCUAACAUAAUUCAGGAUGUCUUAUGAGUCACACCUGAGAAUUAAUUCAGUAUAUUAAAUAAUGAUGGUAGUGUUUAUACAUUAUACAUGUAUAAACAUCUCUAGUUAUUUUCAUAUGCCUUUGCUACAUCUUACAGGUGUUUGCCAUGUUUUAAAAGAAUAACAUCAAUAACAUCUUAUUGGUUAUAUAAAUGCUUUCUCUAUUCAGCUGCCAUCAUUAAUGAUUAUUAAUAAUUAAAAUAAGCUUUUAAAAAAUCUUGAUUCAGUAAUACAAAAGAGAAUAUUAAUACAGUUGAUUAUCUUAAACCAGUAUUCAGGGUCUUACAAAUUUAAUAAGCUUUCCUUAAAACUUAUCCAACAAGUGUUUCUUUUGCUCUUCUGCACUUUAGUUGAUGUCGUCAAAGAGGCAACUGAUUAGAGAUCAUCUUACAAACUAGAGACAUUUAGUUCUCACCAUCCAUGAACUAUGGAUCUUCUUUGCAUCUCUCUUGGCUUUUAAGUUCAUAGGACCCAGUUCGUUUUUGACUUAGAAGGAACCACUGCUAAAUAAAUACAACAGUUUCUAAUGGGAGAAAUCUGCAAGAGCUGGUGACAUGGAAAACUUAAUGUAAAAUAUGAACCUACCACAAGAUAAUGACAAUCUAUAAUUAAAGCUUUUACCAUAAUCAAAGCUUUUGACUCUAUCUUGAACCUACUAUUAAAACAUAAUUUUUUAAGAGCACUGUAUUCUUUUUGUGUACGUGUGUAUGUAUUAGCUGCUCCUGAUAUUACCGGGCACAAACGAAGUGAGAACAAGAAUGAAGGACAGGAAGCACUGAUGUAUUGCAAGUCUGUAGGCUUCCCAUACCCUGAAUGGACAUGGUAUAAGAAGAAUAAUGGCUUUUCUGAGGUGAGUAUAAGAUGUGAUGCUGCUAGGCAAGCCUGAGCUGCUGGCUGACAUUUCAGUUAGGAGAUAAAACACAUUACGAUGAGUUAGAUAAUACCAGUAGUAUCAUUUCCAGUGGACAGCAAAUCUUGAAGGACUCAAACACAGAUCUUUCUCAGUAUUACCACUGGUCUCCUUUUAGCUGGAGAUGUUGGGGAUCAAACCUGAGAUUUGCUACAUGCAAAGCAUCUUGUUAUACUGGUCCCUGAAUCAAAGUCUGAAUGUGUUGCUUUUAAAUCUAGGUAAUUUUUUUCAGAUCUCAGUUCUACUAAUUAUUAUGAGAGUUAGCCUCUCUGAUAUGUAGGGUUUUUUUAAUGCUACGUCUCAAAUUAGGCAUUGCAAGUAUGGUUGCAAGAUCUUACUCUGCCUGAUCUAAACCCUGCUUGAUCAACAUACUGUCCAUGCCUGGAAUUUUAUUUUAUUGUGAUACAAAUUCUAUUUUUCAUCGCAAAGCUGCAAAAAGGUAGGGAAAAGCCAGUUAAUGGGCAUUCUGGUUUGGUUCUGUUGAAUGCUGCUCGAGUGGGCAUCUUUGAGAAUGAGAGGGCUGAUUAGGUGGCUAGGAAGAAUUUGGGACACAGGGACACAGAUCUUGUGCUGCCAUUGUCCUCCUUGAAAGUUAAAAGCUGGUUUCAAGAGACUAUUAGGUAAAUGGCACAGACAGUGGGUGUUUGAUUCUGCAGGUAGGAGGAUAUUUUCCUUUUGUCCAUCAUUUGAGGAUUUCUGAAUUUUUAAACUGAGACAGUGGCAGGGACAAUUUAAUCUGUACAGAUUUCUGAUGGGGCAUAGCGCUUUUCAGAGUGCCUUGUAUCGGGCUAGGAGGAUUGUGACUGGAUAUUGUGAGUUUUAUGGAGUGGAAGAAACGGUUGCUCAUAUUUCAUGGGAUUGUUUGAGGUAUGUGAAAGACAGUGGGCCUCUUCUCCCUUCAUAGGAUUUGUGGUUUGGACAUUACAGAUUUGUCUGUGGGGGCUCCCCUUUGAGACGAGACUCUGGGGUUUUGUGUUGGAGAGUUUAUAGCAGGGCAUGAAUGAUACAAGUCUCAGAGGUUGUGACUGAAAUGUGAUUGCACUGUUGCCAGCAGGUGGUGGUAAUAGGGCCUAACCUUGGCAUUGCUGUACAUUUAAACACUCAGAAGAAAGCCAGUCAAAUCCUUGAAUUGUUACUGUAAGAAACCUGUAAUACUGCACUCCUUCCCAUAUGACUGGUGUUAAGCUUGCAUGGCAGAGAACACAAAGAAUGAUUUUAAAAAUGUGUGUGUGUAGUAAAUGAGCCAGUUAUCUACAACACUUGCUAACAAUUAUUAUUUUGGCCUUUGUUCUUUUACUGCUUUUCAUUAGCCCAUCAAAAACGUUACUGGCCGCUUCUUCAUUACCAAUAAAGAUAACUACACUGAACUGGUCAUAGUGAACCUGCAGAUCGAUGAGGAUCCUGGCGUGUAUGAAUGCAAUGCAACCAACCCGAUUGGCUGGAAGGCUGAAGAAACCAUCCUGCGUGUUCGCAGUCACUUGGCUCCUCUGUGGCCCUUCUUGGGGAUUCUGGCGGAGAUUAUAAUUCUUGUUGUUAUCAUUGUGGUUUAUGAGAAGAGGAAGCGGCCAGAUGAGGUCCCUGACGGUAAGAGUGUUUUCUCAACUAACUGUAUUUCCUAGGGGAGCCAGCCCCCUCCUCUUUGCUUCAGGGAGACUUCCUUUCAAAAUGUGGGAACCUCAUAAAUCAGUAGUUCAGAAAUCCACAGUGCUGCAGGCUACAUAAUAAACUUUGCCUCUCUUCUGCCUCAUAAUGGGUUAAGUAUAGGGCCAUAAUUUCAACUUCAUAAAAUGUGGUUUGCAGAACAAGGAGUCUGCUUGGUUAUGUGUGUCUUUGUAGUCGAGAUAACUUGAAAUUGUAUUCAGCAGAGAUCAUUUUGGAAGCAUUGCUUAGCCGAGCUGCUGGGCAGUACUAAGAAAUGAGGGAGGGCUCAUAUUACAUGGAAUGGUUUUUGUUGCCUCUUGAAAUAAUCCUAGGGGAAUUAAUGGCUUUAAAGGUAACAUUAGAAGUUACUUAGUUGAUUUUGCUCAAAUGCAGCUUGCUUUCCUCAGUUCAACGUUGUGGUGUCUUGCAGAACAGCAUUUUGGAUACUUCUAACAAAACAGAUGUUUAAUCAAAUAUGCUCACAAGGCUACCUUUUGCAUGUGUAGUGUAAAGACUGGUUACCUAAAAGCACCUGCAACUCUUUGUAGUGAGAGAACUGUUGUUCAUUCACACUUUAUUUUUGUUUAUUUUUAAAACACCCAGAUUUGUAAUUAUGUUUUUAUAUAUAUAAACAUCAAGCCAAGAACUUAGAAUUGAAUCCCCAAAAUCAGCUUUUUUCAUAUUGUAAGCCACCUUAAAAAGGUAUAACCUUAAAGGAAAGGCACCCUAGAAAUAUUUUGUAACAAAAUUAAACAAAAAUUAACCAAAUAUUAUUAUGGAAGCACACCUAGUGGUGGACACACCAGCUGGAGGGUCUUGUGUAAGAUAACUUUUCGUUGCCUCAUCAGGGGUGAGUGAUAUUGGGUAUCAUGUGGGCAGUAUAAUGCUUUUAAAUAGGUACUGGAAAUAUAUAGGGGUAAAUGCUGCCUAUAAAAUGUAAUAAUUCAGGCCUGCUUAGGGUGUAUAAGACACGUUAAAAAGCAUUAUUACUAUCAUAGACAUAACUAGUGCUUCAGCCUAAGAUCUCAUAAUGGAUUCCGUCCUAUAGUCCUGUUUUUGCACAGCUGACUUCUCAAAAUAUUCACCUAUUUAAGAUGAACAUGUCUGGUGCUCAAAGGGAAGCUUCUUGGGUAAGUUUGUAGCAAAAAAGGUCAACAGUUUUGAGUAAAGCCCUGCAAUGUAAAUUUUGCUUCUCCCAGCUGUAAAAAUGUCUGUGUGGCCACACAGGAAGACUGACCCUGACAUGCUCGCUCAAGUGGACUGCAUGUUCUGAGACUGGAGGAAACUAGCCCCAGAUGUAUACAAGCAACUUUAAGCAGGCCCAAAGAUAUUACCUUUCUUUUCCUUUUGCUCUGCUUCUUCAAAGUGCAACUAGCAGUGGUAUUACUAGGCAUGUGUGUCUAUGGUUAUGUAGAGCUAACACUGCAGGAUGGCUAUAGAACAGCUCUGAGAAGAUUGCUUGUGUGUGUGUGUGUGUGUGUGUGUGUGGGCAUACUAACGUGGAAAAGUGUGUCUUUGUGCAAGUCCUUCCCACUUGGCCAAAGGCUAGGAGCAGGAGAAAGCUGUGUUAUUUUGAUUGCCGCUUCCUCUGCAGAUGGCUUCUCUGUAGGGAAGUGUUUGAUUAAUGCUAAAGCUUUUUACCACCUCUUAACAAGACCCAAGCAGGUCUAGAGCCAGAUUGGUUGGCUGCAGCUUGCAGUCUGGCAUGAAAAUAGUUGUGCAUGGCCUUAUUUGGAAGAUGCUGGUUACUGUUUGGUCAGAUUAUAAGCAUUUGCCAACACUGUGCUGGGUUCAUUUUAAUGCACUCUUAGAAAGAUGCAUGUGACUGGAAUUAAGUGUGUGAAAACAGGGGUUUCCCUGUUGUGUUCUCAGCUAUUUGAGAACUCGGGGAAAGCGGGUAAGGGGGGCUGUUGCCUGAUAUGGAUGGCAUCCUGUUGCUGUUGGCCAAAUAGCUCACAGUUGGAAUCCUUAUUUUGACAUAGCAAUAUUUUCUAGCUAUGGAAUUGAUGCUUCCUUCUAAGCUUAAUAGAAGUUCUGAAACAUCAAGGCUGCAUGCUUUGAAGAAAUCCCAGUAUCUGCAUUACCCCUUUCAUUAACGGGAGUAGGUUUCAUGUUGUGUACCUGUCAGGAGUUGGCUGCCUUUUCCUUUUGGCUUCAUAAAUAUUUUUGUUUGUUUGUUCAACUGUUGCUGUGAGGAAAGCCAUCCAAAUUUAGAGUGGUUCACGAGGGGAAUAAAAGAGAAGCUAGCUUUCCUUAAGCCAAGUUAGCAAUCCCAAUAAUUGAUAAUGUCAGUAAAACAAAAGCAGAGCUUGAAUCAUUAUCCUUGUGGAUAGUCUGCUGAUGUGCCCAAUAGGUAACCUGAGUUAUCCAUUGCAUUCCUCACCGGUGGUUAAGUUAACUGAAUGGAUCAAGUGCAUAUGCAAUUUCAAUUGGUUUGUGGAUUACAGCCUAACCAGGCCAGUUCUAAUACAACCUCUGAUUUCAUUCAUUUGUAACAGGUGAUGUGAAUAGUUUAUAAUAUUGUCUCUUCCCACAGGUGAUGUAUAUUUGUUUUUCACUUUUAAGGCUGAUUUCUGCAUAAUAUUCUAGGUCCAUCCUCAUGUCCAAAUGUCCUUGAAAUUUGUUGUACAGGAAUGUCAGUAUCAGCUCCUUUGGAUGAUAAUCAGAAAGUAAAGAAAGAAUAUACUUUCUGAUGAAUGUAGCAAAGUGAAACAUAUAUUGGCAAAGCUUUUUCCAUAUUACAAAUACUCUUGCAUAUGAGUAUAGGUUCUUGCUUAUGAACUUUGAAGGAUCAUAGUUCAGUGGUAGAGCAUCUAUUUUGCAUGCAGAAGGUCCCAGGUACAUUCUUGGGCACCUCUAGUUAGGGCUGGGUGAGAACCAUGUCUGAUAACCUAGAAAGUUGAUGCCAGUCAGUGUAGAGAAUACUGAGGUAGAUGGACCAAUUGUCUGACUCAGUAUAAGGUUGCUUCCACCAAGAACAUUACCAUUACUGCCAGAGUUACAUAGCCUAUGGAUGCUUCCAUUUUACCUGCAAUAUCUUGUUUGCACAUCAACAUAAUCACAUGAAGGGACGUUUCUUGAAAUACAGUUAAACCAAUACCAACAUGCACUAUGUUUGCACUAAAGGUAAAGGUACCCCUGCCCGUAUGGGCCAGUCGUGUCCGACUCUGGGGUUGCGCGCCCAUCUCGCUUAAGAGGCCGGGGGCCAGCGCUGUCCAAAGACACUUCCGGGUCAUGUGGCCAGCGUGACGAAGCUGCUCUGGCGAGCCUGCACCAGCGCAGCACACGGAAACGCCGUUUACCUUCCCGCUAUAAAGCGGUACCUAUUUAUCUACUUGCACUUAGGGGUGCUUUCGAACUGCUAGGUGGGCAGGAGCUGGGACCGAACGACGGGAGCUCACCCCGUCGCGGGGAUUCGAACCGCCGACCAUACGAUCGGCAAGUCCUAGGCGCUGAGGUUUUACCCACAGCGCCACCCGCGUCCCAUGUUUGCACUAGCUACGUAUUAUUGAUUUCUGAAAAAAACUUAAGGGUGUAUGUUGUUUGUAUCCUUUCACACUCCAGACAUAAAUUGGUGAUCAUUCUCUUUGUUUCUCCCUCAGCAAAAGAAUAAUGUUUCAUUGUUACUUGACUGAAUUGUGCUAUGUUCAUGCUGACUUUGACUUUCAGUUACUGCUUCAGAAGAAGGCCUUUGCUUGGUGAUUGACUCCUGCUAGAGAUUUCACAAGCAUUUUUCCCCCCUCUCAAAAUAAUGAAGUUUCAACCAUAAAAUUUCAUUUUUCAGAGCUAACUGGCCUGUGCAAAGAUGGCCAAAAUCAUCUAUUUGCAACGGGAGAAGAGAACCCUUGGGUUGAUGUCUUGUAGUUAACCUGUUAGCCUGACCAGUCUAUCAUCAGCUCUCCAUGCACAUCUUACAUACUACUGUAAAGAGUGACAUAAUCCAGAGCAACAAAGUUAGAACAGCCAGUUUUCUAAUGAAAGAGUACUCAAAAGGUUUCUUCCCUCUGCCUUUUUCUUAUAUUGAUGCCUUAUGACUUCUAAUAAGAAGUUACAUACCUUGUGUCAGAAAUGUUCUUCCACUCAUUAUAACACUGUUUUAAAUGGUUUUGUGAAUCAGGCCAGGAUCAGUAUAUUCCUUUUACCCCUCCAGUGACAGUUCACCUGAGGUAUGCUAGCUUCAGAUUCAAUUGAGAGAUGCUACCGCUUGAGUGAUGCUGCUGCAAUUGGUGUCCUUGAAUGCCUAACUGGUGCAUGAACCUUUUGUAUGCAUAAAAUAGGGAGGGGGGAAGACUAUGUAUGCCACCUGGAGCUCAUUGAAGAAGGUGGGAUAUAUAUGCCACAAACAAAACAAAUGUUUCCUGUGUUUAAGGGUAAGCAGUUUCUGUUUACCGCACCCUUAUUUUUUUACGUUUCCCCCCCCAUAGACACUGGUGUAUAUUAUGCUCUCUGAAAAUUGGUAUCCUGGCAGAUUAGUAAAUGAAGCACUUGGCCUUCUGCUAUGCUUGUUGAAGUCCCCCCCACCCCCAGUAGUGAAUGAGCAUUGUACUUCCUUGCAAGUACAAUGUUCCACAGUGACAAAUUCAUUCUUGGCUUCUUCUCUUGUUCUGUGCUCUACUGAUGAUGCAUCAUUGAAUUUACUGCUUUGGGGGCAGGAUUUGAGAAAGAAAUCUGCCAAUCCAGCCUUGAUAAGCACAGCUAAGCACCCCCACAUCUGUGCUGUUUGCCUGCAGCUCCAACAUGAAGAACCUGCAGCCUGUUCUCUGUGAUAUGCUGGUCACAGAGGCAGCAAGAUGCUUGUCAUUUGGAAAUUCAGUGUUACUAAGUGACUGAAACAUACAACUGCCUCUCAUAAUAUGAUCCUCCUCAGCUUCCUACAUGACUGAAGAUCAUUAUUACAUGACUGGCACCUUUUUUAUUGGCUGCUUUUCUUUCCAUUCAGGAUGGGGGGGGCGGCAGGUCAAAGGCGUUUUAAGCGGUGCUAAAAUGUGUAAUUACAUUGCCCAGGAUUUGAUCAUGCUCCAUGCACUCACACAUGAGCAUGGAAACGAGCCAGGAAGCCACAUUUAAUCAUAGCUUCUUGAUAAAUCCAAACUAUGAAACUAUGACUUGCAGACAAACCCCAGGAUAUAAAGCCAUGCUCUAAAGUGGGCUUAUGAAUCCUGACUUGCUUCAAAACUAUUAAGCAUAGUUCCCAGUUUGGACAUACUGAGAAGCUCUGUUUUUAACUGCAGCUUCCAGUUUAUUUCCCCACAUCUGCCAAGGGGUGCAUGGAACUUGUGCCUAUCCUGUCUCAUUAAGAUAGGAUUUUAUUGUCCAAACAUGGCCAUUGUCUGAAUGUAGCCUUUGUUGCUUACAUGGUGGCAUGUGGCAUUUUCCUCUUAUGGUGAUUCCCCCCUCCCCAAGAACACAGUAAUAAUUGCUCGAUCAUAGUGAGUUGUGCAACAUGCCAAUAUGAUUAUUUUAAUGGAAGGAAUGCUGUUUAUUGGAUUAGUUUAUAGGCAUACACUCCCAUUUUUUAAAGUAUGUGUUUUGGGGGGGUAAGUAAAAAAAUAAAGACUCCUUAUUUUUAUCCAGAUAUACAUGACAAACAUAUGGUUUCUACUCUUCUUCUUCUACUUUUUGCUUCAUAUAUUUUAGUUUAUUAAGCUGUGGUAACUGCUUUUAUUAUUAUUUUUCCUUAUUUGUGAACUUACACCUAAUUACACCUAAUUUCAUGUGUGUACUUCUGCGCUGGAUGUGCAAUAGUCUCAUUCCACUGUCCUACUUACAUUCUGAUAUUCAAUUUUUUUUUGCCUUGAUCCUAGUUUAUAAAUAGUAACAUUAAGAUAACUUCUAAUUGUCUUCUCUCCCCCCCCCUUCUUCCUAUCCUUCACUUCUGUGCACAUCUAAUCUCCCUAGCAAAAGGUAGCUAUACUUCAUGAAUGAAAGUAUAGGAACUAAUUUUGCUUGCAGCCUAGGAGUUCUAGUACACUAGCAGUCCCAAAAGCCUGGCUUUGUUAAUUGCCUUCCCUAACUUGUUAGUUCUGGUAGGUGCUAUUUCACAUCUAUUUAGACUGACUGUGGCCAGACGUUGCCACUUCUAGAGAUUUGCCCCUCCAUUCUCUUUCAUAUGGUUUGCACUGGUUGGUAUGUGGAUAUCUUCUUCAACAGAAUGCCAUUUAUGUAUCAGUAUAUUUCAAUAUACUGAUAAAAAAAUGACUCAAAAGCUGUUGUAAAAUGUUUCUCAAAAGCCCUUUAAUGGCAUCUCUCAACAGUUCCAUUUUAUGUUAAAACUUUCAGCUGUGUUAAGUCUUAGAGUACUUACUGUAGGAAGCUCUCAAGCUUCCUCCAUUUUAUUUCCAGUGUUGUUGCUGAGGGGUGUGAUUCUUGGAAUCAAACAGGAAAAUGAGUUGAAAGCAUUUCUGCUCUUCAGUGUAGAAGGUAGAGUUUGAUGUUAAUCUGGAGCAGUUAAUCUGGUCCCAGUAUAUGUUAGAAUGCUGUGGAACGGGGGAGGGGGAGAUAAUCUCAAUUAAAAAGUCUAUGGACUAUCCUUCUGUAGCUUCUCUCUUUGAAAAAAAUCUGAUAUGGAAUUUGUACAGCUGAUACAUUUGAAUUUGAGCAGCCGAUACAUGCAGAGGAUCAUUGCAUUUUAAAAUUUGGACAUUUGUCAUGUUCUAAUUUUUAUGUGAAACAUACUUUUGUGGGGGGAAAGUGCAACCCACAAAUGUGUAAUGUGAUUGAAUCCUAUGCAUGUUUCAGUCACUGUUCAUGCUAGAACUUUGCAACUGGGGAAAUAGUCCAAAAGUCAAAAUAUAUUUUGGAUGCCAGACAUUUUCUUUGACCCCUGAAAUGUUAACCAAUAAUAUGGCUAAUCGAAGCAAACAUUUCAAAUUCAUAUCUUAAUGGUUUCCAGGGUACUUCUUUACAGCUGCCACCCACCCUCUCUCUCCCCCUACCCCAAGCACCUGCCUGUUCCUUGCUCAGAAUUUGGUUCAGCAUAGCAUCCACAAAAUUAGGGCUUUCAUUUUAGCUUAACGUACUCUGUCUUUUCAUCAAUAUUCCCCCCUCUAUAUAACAUCUCAGUUGGCAACUACUUUUACUGAUUACCAUGCAGGGAGUGAGGUUAAAGUCCCCCGUCCCCAUUCCUGGUGGAUCUGCUGCUUCACAGUAAAUCCAGACUGCACUAUGUGAAAAUGGGGGCACAGACAGGAGCACAACUGCAGAAGGAAUGAACUUCUGCUGGUGUUCUCAACACGGCCCCCCUUCCUAUUAAGGGGGAUGGUGGUUAAUGCAUAUACAGGCCUGUGUAUGCCAUUAAGAAGUGAGUGAUUCCUUUUGUUCAUUUUCUCCUGCUUCUGUCACUUUUCUCCUCUUUUACCCACCCACCCGCCAGCUAUUUGAAGACAUGAGGGAGCAGUUUUAGCCCUUGGAUUGCUGUUUGUUACAAGCCUGCAGGCGAGGGCUGUCUUGUUUUAAAUGAUAGUAUGAAAGCCACUUUGGGAGCCUUUUAAGCUUAAGAGCAGGGUACAAAAGCUGUAAAUAUAUAUACCGUAUUUUUCGCUCUAUAACACACACCCGACCAUAACAUGCACAUAGUUUUUAGAGGAGGAAAACAAGAAAAAAAAUAUUCUAAACGAAACAGUGGAUGUAUGAUUUUUGUGGUUCAUGCUGUGGCCACAGACAUGUGAUCUGACGGUGAGUUUGGGGUAGCCCAAUGCAAAAAUCCUGAGGAUCCAUGUGGAUCCGUGCUUUGUAACCACGUUUUAAGUGGGGAGGGAAGGAAAAGCACUCAAGGGACAAGGAACACGCAUGGGGUGGGUGGAGAAGGAUGCUGUUAAUAAUGCAGAAGAGGGGUAUAAGAGGAGAAGGCUCCUCUCCUCUCCCGCUUUGCUCCUUUAAAGCAAGCAGGCUCUCUGUCCCUCUCCUCUCCCACCCCCCCCACUCAGCGGCUCUUCUCCCGCUUUGCUGUUUCAAAGUGAGCCACGGAGGAGGGAAGGAAGGGGAACCAUGGAUCCUCUGCUCACGACUGCAGCAGAUCCCCCCGCCAUCCGUAGGCAUUCGCUCCAUAACACGCACAGACAUUUCUCCUUACUUUCUAGGAGGAAAAAAGUGAGUGUUAUGGUGCAAAAAAUACGGUUUAUGUAUAUAUAUAUAUUUCAUCAGCAAUUGCUGCAUAUCUAGCUCCUCCAGUGGGGAGAGUCAAUGAGUAGUGCUGUUCCAUCACACAACCACAAGACAAUGCAUUGUGUGCUCUGGCUUCUUGGCGUGGAUUCUCACUUUUACAUUUUGUAUUGUUUCUCUGGUACAGAUGCUGGUGAACAAAAUAGAGGCACUUCGUUUUAUCCAUUACUUUGAUCUUUAUACUUUUUUCUUGCUCUUCAACUAUAAUUUUCCCAAAGCAGCUACAAACAUCUUUUUUAAAAAUCUGAAUUUACAGGUUUGCAAGGGGUGUGUAGGUGUAUCUGUAAGAUUCUAUAGAUAAAGUUGGUGUAUGUUUCUUUUUAGAAAUAUUCUUAAGUGGCAGCUAGGAAGUCAUUGGGGCCUUCAGAGGAUUUUAAGGGACUUUAAAGGGGGGGAACAUACCUUUGUUCUUCAAACUAGUUCAGAGUUGCUGUAUUUAUGUUUAGAUACACAAAAGUGUAAAAUGAGAAGUCAGAAUUUCAGACAGGUAGGAACGCUGUUCAGUGCCUUCUCCACCACUAAGCUACACAAUGCAUGCUUUUAAUUUUUGAAAUAUGACCCUUAAGAACUGCUGAGCAUAUAAUAUCUCUCUCAAAUGCACAUGUAUCCUAGGCCUGCAGUUGGUUUUUAUAGUUUACAAAUCUAAUGAAGAAGUUGGCAGAGUACCUUCCGUGAUGGAAGCAUAUUUAUCAGCGGCCAAAAAAUGGGCAAGGUACAUUACUCUGGACCUGCACCCAUCAGAUUGGAAUACAGAGGCACAUCUUGUCUUGUGUGACCACCAGCUCAACUACUAGCAAAUUAGAUUAUUACUAGAUCAUGCUGUUUGAGUUGUAUUGUUAUUUGUCAGUUACUAUGACUUCUUUUUUUCCCCCCUUCAAUUGCAUCAUUCCUUUAAAAAUGGUGGUAAGUGAGAGAUCUGCAUGCUUUGGAGUUUGUUUAAUCUCCGCUUCAGUCUAUACAAUGCACAGUUCAUAAUGUUAACACUUUUCUUAGUUUUACUCAUUCACGUUCACAACUAAUUUGGGUUUAAGUUUGCUGUUGAAUUUCAUUUUCUAAUUUGUACCAUUUUUCUGUAGUUCUGUUCCUCCCUUUUAUUGGUCGACUUCUCUAGGAUUCGGUCCUUUUGUCUGUCACGUAUUGUACCGUGCUGGGGCCGAUUUUGUAAUGCUCAAGCGGCUGACCCACAAGCUAGUGGUGUAUUAAGGUUUUCACUUGACAACCAUGCUUUACUGGACACAGAGGGAGGUGGUGGAAGUCCUGCCAGUCCAAUAGGAUUGUUGCAUGUGAACAGUGCAGGCCACGCUCCAGCACCUAAUGCAUAAGUGCCAGAGCACUCACCUGACUUUCUUUUGUUAAAGUGCAAAACCUUUUGGUUAAACUUAUUCAAUAAAACCUCUGCUUUCAAGCUGUCUUUUACCACCCAGAAUGCUUGAGGAUCAAUGUUUCAGGUGGUACAAAUUAGAGCUUGCAGAUUGAUUAAGAGAAGGACAGGAGCCUGCAUUUUUUUCAGAACUGCAUAGGGGAAAGAACUUCAAGCAUCUUUUUUGUAGGCUGUCGUGACCAAAGCAAGGAUUUGAGUAGAAUGACUGCUUUAAUGUGGUACUACUAACCCUGCUCAUUUCUUUUUUAAAAAAGCAAAAACCUAAGAACUCUCACCAAGGUGUCACAGAUUCUAGUAAAUGGCUCUUAAAUCUACUGUUUAUAAUGUAGAGUCUAUAGCCUAGGUUUCCUCUGAAAUCUUUUGGGAAUUGAAAGGUGUUCAUUUUGAGGGGAGACUUAGUUUUGCUGUAAUGUGCUUUAUGUUUCAAUACCUGAUGUGUCUCUGUAUAUCCCCACUGUAUAUACAGCACAUUGAUGUCUGGUUGUCCUUACUAGUCCUAGUUCUUUCUGUACCUUGUUCUGAUAGUUUACUGUUAGUAACAGACUUUUGUGGACACUAGUGUGUUGCUAGUGUGUUAUUUUGGCUGUCAAGCUGUUGGUUUGUGGUUAGCUCUCUUUAUUUUGAAUGUUUUAUUUAUUUAUUUUUGUUCUGAUAACUGUGCUGGCGGUGGCUUUGCCUAUCCGUUGCCUCGAAGGUACAGGUGGAGUAAUGUUCAGCUUUGAUCAACAUUACUCCUAGUGUGUGCUCAUGCGGUUGCCAACACUGUUAAGACUGUAGUUUCCAUAACUGCUUUGUGUGCCCUAAGACCCCUUGUGGAAUCCUGCUGAGUUUAAAAAAUAAUAAUAAAGAUUUUAGAGAAAGGUUUUUUUAGCUUGGAAAAAUGAUGAAAUGCAGAAAACAUGGUCAUCCGUAGAAGUUCUACAGAAGUUUUUGCACAAGUUUAUGGAUUGGGAUUUUCCUUGUUCAAAAAAUGCCUUUUUGUUGUUUAAUGUACUGCAUCAUUUUAAAGCAUCAAUGAAAUGUUCAGUUGAUCAUAAAGAAGCCUAUGUGAAAAGCCACACGUUGACUUUUUUCUAUUUUCUAAAAAAUAUACCUUAAAAAUGGGACAACUUUCUGGCUCUCCCAUCUCGCAAGCUGAAGUCUCUGUGAACUGUAAUACUAGUGUAACCUUUAUGCUGUUUCGCCAGAAACUUUUCCCCCCCAUAUUUAUACAUGGAAUCACAGACGUUUGCUGCUAUCAGAAGGACUGCCUUUUUAGUAUCAGUCAAAAUUGCCUCUUCCACUUUCUGGAACUUAAUUUUAUUAAGAGAUCAGGCAAAAGUGUGUGAAAGAUGGUCUAGGGUGGUAUAUGAUUUCCUGUGUUUUGUCCAUCAACACUUAAGAGGCGGGGGAAAGCCUUUAUUUUUAGAAACAAAACAGCAGGAUUUUACAACUGAAAUGUUGGUUUGUCUUCUCAUCUAUCUUGUUAAGAUUGAACCACUGGAACUUGGGGACAAGAUGAAUAUGACCACAUUGCAACAAUCUGUCCACUACAGUUGCAGUUUUUCAUGAUGAGCAUUAAAAGUGUUAACUGAAAUCAUUUUGAACAACAUACUUGUCAUCUAAACUCAAAGCCAGAAAAAAUAACUUCAUGAAUCUUUGCAAUACAAAUGGAAUGGCCUUUAAAUAAAUGCUGUAUGUAGAUAAUACUGUUUGCAGCCCAGUAAAGGUUUACUAUGGAUUCUUAACUAGUCUCUUCUUUCCUUCUCUCUUUCCUUCACUGGAUCAUAAUGAAUUCCUGCUGCAGAUGAUGAACCAGCUGGGCCAAUGUAAGUAUUUCAUAACUGACUGCUUAUUUUUCAUAUGGGAGGCAAUGACUUUUAGACUUUUCCACCUUCCAGGGAACCCAUUCUAUGAUCACCUGUCUACCAUGGUUCCAAGGCACUGCAUCUCUGUGGAACUACCUUUUAAGGUGUUACAAAAGCUUCAGUUACACAGAGAUACAUCUUCCAGAACCUUCUAGAAUUGGGGCAGCCCAGUCAGAUGAGUGGGGUACAAAUAAUUAAAUGUUGAUUAUUAAAAUUAUUUUUGAUUGGCAUGCCUUGUUUUGACCAUAUCAUGCCAGCCUCGAAAGAGCUUCACUGGCUCCACAGGCUCCCUUUCAAGCUCAGUUAAAAAUUGGCAGUGCUGAAUUUUUGAGCCAUAAGCAUCUGGGGCCCAGGGACCUGAUGAAACCUCUGCUCUUGUAUCAAACUGCCUGCAUUCCAAGAUCUCUGCUAAAUUGUCCCAGUCAGAGGUGAAACAGAUGUCAACAAGGAAGUCUUUUUUCAACUGUGGAAAUGCCAUCCCCAAGGAGGCCCAGUUUUAUUGCUCAGGUGCUAGGGAAUUUUUUUUGUUUUUGUUUACCUAAGCACUUGAAAACUCCUGUUAGUGAUGUGUUUUGGUAUUGUUUUAAUAGCUUUAUAUGUUGCUUUUGUUCAGUUGGUUUAUUUCACAGUAUGUAUUCUUAUGUAAUUAUGAAUUACUUUCAUUUAGGUAAUGCAGAGUAGGGUAUAAAUAUUUUAAAUAAAUAAAUUUAAUCAACAGCAUUCGCAUGGGUCUUUGAGAGCUUUGGGCAAGUGUUUUAGACCUUGCCACUGCCUUGUGUGAGCUGAACUUGCAUUUUGCACUCCAUGGCUUCACAUUGCAAAGGACGACUGGUAAUGAUGAACAAGCUAUCUUCCUACGAAGUUUCUCUGGCACAAUUGUACCUCCCAUUCAGAAACCCCUGAAUUGUCCAAGGAACCCAGGGAGCUCAAAACCCAGUUUGAAAAAUUACUGCGUUAGGCCUUAAAAUAAAUCAUAGGACUGCCAGUGGCCUAAAUUGAUGCUGAAUUCAGAGAGUAAAGAAGAACUGAUCUUUGGAGAGUUGGCAUUGCUGCUUAUUUAAUACACCUUUACUAAACCUUUCAGGACACACUGCCCUCACAAGGCUCCUUACAUAAUGUUUUCAAAACAUCAAAACGCAACCCUAUAAAAUACAAUAUCAGAGUUAAAAACAGAAAUAGUUCAAAAUUUCCCAGCACAAUAACUUAAUCACAGAACAAUAUAAAAAUAGAAUAUGCAGUUCAAAGUUAAGAGCGUGCAACAGUUAAAACUUUUCCAGUAUGCAAAUGCUAGGAUUGGAUUUCUGAGUUUGGGCUUAUUUCAGUGUGGCUUUUGCUGUUUUACGUGUUGUUGGUCUUGUCUUGUUCAACUAACGCUAAUACUUUGUUUUUAUCUUUAACUGGCUGUUUUAUAGGGAAGUGAGGAAGAAGGUUUAUAAAAAAAGGAUACAGCAAUUUCACCAUUAUAGAAUACAGCAAAUUCCUUUUAACUAUUGAUAGCUUUCAAAGGGUGAUCCACUAAGAUAGCAUCUAUUGAUAGCUACAGUACUAGGCAUAAUCUCCAGAUUCAUAGGUAGUUUGCCCAGGGUGGGCUGUUGUCUUCAAAGUUUGGGUUUCCUGAAGGAAUCUGAAUGGCCACUGGAAAAGCAAUAAGCUCAACUAAGUCUGAUCCAGCAGGGCAGUUCUUAAUGUUCUUUAAUUUGCAAAGAGCAAAGCCUGCUUAGAAAAUAACUUCUCUAUUCCAGUGCAACAUGUUCCUUACAAAUCCCAUAAUAAUUUAACAGACUUGUUUAUUAAGUUACUGUGGAAAGAUUAGCAUAAUAGAUGGAUUAUGUGGUCAACACAAUAGAAUUGCUGGUGUUGAGCAAUCCUGUGUUAAAGUAUAAAAGUGACAAGCCCCUUUCCAGGUGGCCUAACAGUUGACAUAGCCGGGAGGAAUCCAAAGGUGACGCCAUCAAUAAAUAGUGUUGACAUAUAAGGUUCGGCCAAUUUUUAAAGGCUGAGAAGCAAGGAAAUGCAAAUUGAACCAGUUAUUGCCCUUAAUCACCCAGAAACUGAUGUGCUGUCUGAAAAGUCUAAAUUGUUCAUUCAGCUGCCUGACUGCUAUAAAGGGACUUGUUACGGAACCUGAUUACUUUUCUAUCCAUAUUACUUUUGUACAAAUGCUGUUUUUCUUUUGUGCUGUUUUCAUUCCAUUCAGUAUCUUAAAAAGGUUUAUUCAUGCUGACUUUAUUUUUUACAAGUUUAAUUCCAUGCCUUUUUUUCUUCCCUAGGAAAACCAACUCCACAAACAACCAUAAAGACAAAAAUCUACGCCAGAGAAACACAAAUUAAAAUAAUGCUAAUGUAAGCCUGUCUCUAAAAUCUGAGUUCUGUCGAGAAUAUAUAAAAAUUUGUAUUGUGACUUUUUUAAACCCUAGGUAAAGAAAUGAAGGACAAACUUAACUAGACAAGAGAGGGAACCCGAUCUAUUGCAGCAUUAGGUCUCAAUACACUUGUUGAAAUCAGUGCGCAAAGGCACCAGUAACUGCACAGGACAGACUCUAAAAUGGUUUAGAAGUUGGGAAGAACUAGAAAAGUUGCUUUGGAAACAAUUUUCUGAAAGGGGGUUGUACUUCCCCUGCGAGUACAUAGACCAGGGAGUACUUUUUGACCUAGCUUUGCUCUUUGAUGCCAGGUGUUGGCUAUGGCCAGGAGUGGUUUUUGCAAAGCUUCAACAGGUGAGCCAGCUGUUCCUAGAUAAAACAAAUAUGGACAGUUAUACGUGCCCUGGUCACACCCAAAUUGGUUCACAGUAAUGUGCUUUAUGUGAGCCUUCCUCUGAAAAGCAUUUGGAAAUGUGAGCUACAAAAUGUGGCUGCCACACUUGUCUCCAGAAUGCAGUUUUGUUUCAUCUGCUCUGGCUUCUAGUUUGUCACCAGGCUUAAUUCAAGUGUUGGCUCUUGCCUGCAAAGCCCUAAAUGGUUUGGGACCACAGUAUCUGAAGGACCACCUCCUUCCACAUGAGCCUAUAGAACUCUUGAAAGGGCAGUCGGUUCCCUUUACGCUUCAGGCAUGCUCUUGAGACCUUUUUAUUCUGUUGAGCUUUCAGUGUGGUUGAAUGUUUUUAUCGUCCUGCUCUAAUUGUGUGAUACUUCUUCAUUAUUAUUAUUAUUAUUAUUUAUUUUACAUGGCACAUAAGGUACAAUUUGAGAAAACAAUUAUUACAACAGCGAACAAAUAGAAUUAAACUUUUGUCAUGCAUGUGAUACUGUGUUUUUGUAAUACUAUUUAGCAAUUAACAUGUUAGCAAUUCUGCAAACAGUUUGGAAUUUUUAUCUGGUGCUUUCUGAACAUAUUUUUUACUACAUAACUCUCCUUUCUGGUAGUUUAGGUGAUUAGAUAACAUAUGGAAAAGAACCAUUAAAAACAGAUAUAAAUGCAGUUUGCUUGGCUUUAGAUGUUUUCUACUGUGCUUUUUUGGACGACAUAUUUGUGAUGUAGUUAACCACUGAACUGUUCUUGUUUUUCAGAGCUUUAAGAAUGAGAGACUGAAGGGAAUAUCACUGGCUAAAUUGGAUAAUUGAAAUGGUUGGUUUCACACUCCAGUCCCAUCUCUGAUGUUUUUUUCUUUUCAAGUGAGCAACAAUGACUGUCUAAAGCAUGCCUUAUUUAGCCUCUCCAGUAAGGAUGACCUAGCCAACACAUUAAAUAAUGCUUCAGUAUAGAGGGUGUAAACAAUUUUUGGCUUGAUGUGCUGUGACUGUUGCUUUCUUUUCUUUGAGACUAUUAAGUAUUACAAGUAAAAAAAGUCCAAUCAUGCAUGCAGCAUUUUUUACUUAAUGUAGCUGUUAAGACUAGCAAAGCUCAAAGAUGCACUGCUGCCAUCUAGUGAUAACUUUUGUAAAAGUACAGCAAAACCUAAAAUAUAUACAGUAUAUAUUUAUAUUUUUGGGAGGGGAAACCAAAUUACAGUAAAUGUUUGAUUUUUAAGAUUCUGAAUUCAUUCCUUAUAUUCGAUGUCUGAGAGAUAAGUGAAUUAUGUCCAGUACUUAAGAGAAGUUACAUAAAUUAUUCUAAGGGCUUAAUCUAUAAUGACAGGCUUGGUUAUAUUAUCAAAGACUGCAAGAACUGGAAUAGUUUGAUUGGUGGUGAUGAGCUGCAGUAAAAAUCUUUAGUUUAUAAAUAUUAUGAUUACUUUUUAAAUGAUUUUUUUUGUUAAAUCAUGUAAAUUUCUCAUCCUUUUGCACUGAUGUGUUCACAUUCUUCUUGUACAUUCAAUUCAGGCAGAAUUUUAUAAUUUACUUUGCUUAAAUGCUAAUGUUAGAGCAUGGUGAUACUCUAUGCAACUGGUUUGUUUCCGUUUGACAUUAAGUUUUCAUGUUGAUUUAAAGAUUGAUUGUAGAGUCACAGACAUAACAGGGUUCUUAGAUUGUGGCAUACCUGUAGAUGCAUGAACUUGUGAUGUGUGUACUUGUUGAAGUGCAAUGAUGUGUAUAAAAAAGUGGAUUCACCUGUUUUUAAAAAUAAAACACUGAUAAAAGCCUGAC